GGGGACAGUAUGAUCGACAGCGACCAAGAUGGCGGCGCCCACUGUUAUUCCGGACACUGUCAGGUAGGCUCUGCUCUGCCGCCUCCUCCCUUGUGGGUCUGCCAAAGGCGCUGCCAACCCCGUUUCCCCCUUUAAAUAUGGCACGGGCAGUGGGGGGGGGGGCGGCGGCUUAGAACGGUUUCCAAAGCCAAGGCUUAAAGUAAUAAAAACAAAGUGGUGUCUGGGCAUGUGCAGGUUUCUUUACCUGCACCAGCGUUACCUACCUAGUGGGGGACUGAGGCUGGGUCUCCGCAGCUGCAGGCUUGCCGGUAUUCCUGUGUCUGAACAGUCCCGUGGCAACCGGGGUUGCUGUUCUGCACACGGUUAUUGGGGAGCAAACUCUCCUGAACUCAGCGGGUCUUGGUUUCCGAGAAGUCCCAUCAAAUUGUGCUGCAAAGAAAACCUAUUGCUGAUUCCCCCCCGCGCUUAGCAUAGAAGUGCAGUGGUAGGGAAAACAACAAUAGCAGCAGCAUUUGCUGCUGAAAAGCCUGUGAUGUGUGUACGGGUCAGCAAACUUUUUCAGCAGGAGCCUGGUCCACUGUCCCUCAGAGCUUGUGGGGGGCUGGACUAUAUUUUGAAAAAUAAUAAUGAACGAAUUUCUAUGCCCCACAAAUAACCCAGAGGUGCAUUUUAAAUAAAAGCACACAUUCUACUCUUGUAAAAACAUGCUGAUUCCCGGACCAUCCGCAGGCUGGAUUUAGAAGGCAGUUGGGCCGGAUCUGGCCCCCGGGCCUUAGUUUGCCUACCCAUGGUGUAGAGAAAUGAACCAAAGAAAAAAGGAAUCGCAGUAAUGAGCUCAGCGACACACACUUUUAGGCAGGACGGAGGAUGGUAUGCUGGUUGAAAAGCAGGAACUAGUCAGCCCAAAACCAGAUGUAAAAUUCUGCUUGGGUAUAACCCCCCUUCCAGUCCUUUGUUCACAGUUCUAGCAUUUUUUAUUUCCAGCUUCCCAGGUUGCUAGAAGCUGAAGUACAAUGCUAGAGCAUAGAAUAAAGUGGUAAUUCCUUCUUCUUUUUUCUAUAAUUUUUAUUAAAUUUUCUGUUUUACAUUUUAGAAUAUUCAUUUAAACAACCUUAAAAUAUCAGUGGCUUCCGUUCUUCUCUUUCCAUGGUUCAUUUUGCAUGACAUAAAUCCCUGCAUAUUUUGUAUAAACUAAGACAUUCAGUAUUCAAUUAUUACAUCCAUCAAAACUUAUUUACACUGUUAAAUUUAUCUUAAUUCUGCCCACGUUUUAAAAUGUAUACAGUUCCUCCCCCCCACCACAUAUUCAAUAAACAUUUUAAAUAAAGUGGUAAUUCCUGAUCAGGAGACUGUUUAUUUUCUUUUCUUCAGCAACUGUGUCUCUGGUGGGAGGUUUUCCCACAACAACUGUGUGUUCAGGAACUUUACCUGGAAAAGUAGGCAGCCCUUUUCAUUGUUGUUUAAACCUCUUCCUGGCAUCAGAAAAGAGCAGAGAAAAACUUAUUGUGCCCACCAAGUCCCUUGUCUUUAACUGAUUCUUGCCAUCCUCUCUUCCCCUUUUCUAGUGUUCGAAAGGCUGUGUCCCUCAUCAAUGCUAUAGACACAGGAAAGUUCUCUCGGUUGCUCUCCCGCAUCCUUCAGAAGCUUCACCUAAAGGUUUGUAUACAUAGAGAGAAAAUGACUGCACAAUGUACAGUGAAAUCUCUUAAGCUGGUAGUAUCCAUGGGCUACAUUUGAGUAUAGAUUCUAGAAAAGUACAAGUACAAUUGCUUGUCCAAGUGUCUCUGCCAAUGGGAGCUUUCCUUUGAGAGCUCUGUAAGGGCAAUAUUUUCUGCUGGGAGGAACACCUGGGGGGAAAACCAUUCAGUAGAUUCUUCACAGGUUUUUUAGCUUUGCGGGCAGACUGAUGGGGUUAAAAAAUGCUGCUGUGGUCUGCUGUGCUCUCCUUCAGGCAAUUUUAUUUUGUGAACCACCCUGAGACAUGCAGGUAUAGGGUAGUAUAUAAAUUUAAUUACUACUACUUCUGCUACCACCAAUAGUAAUUAUUAUUCCACUCUCAUGGAAAAUGGCUGAAAGCUAGUUCAUUUUUUUUGAAAAUAAUAUUUAUUACUUUUCCAAAAAACUUAAACACUGAAAAAACAACUACAAUACAAUACAAUACAUUAAACUAGCAAAACAAAACAAAAACAAUAAAAUAAAUCAAACAAUUUCAUUAUCCCAUCUUUCAUUCACUUAUUUCCACGACCUCCUCACACCUCCCUUUCGUAUUCCACUUCUGUUAAUUAUUUCAGCAAUUCCUUUCCAUCUUCCUCUGUUUUCUAUCCUAUAAUUAUCUUAACUCAUUCUAACCUUAUUUUUCCCUUUAAUACUCUAUUAAUCUAUUUAUACUUAAUUCCUUAUAACAUUUCUACUAAAGCCAUGUAACUUCAUUCCAACAUUUUUCUAACAUUCAUUGAUUUUACAGUAUUUCUGUAAAUAAUCUUUAAAUUUUUCCAAUCUUCUUCCACCGACUCUUCUCCCUGGUCUCGGAUUCUGCCAGUCAUUUCCGCCAGUUCCAUAUAGUCCAUCAACUUCAUCUGCCAUUCUUCCUGGGUGGGUAAAUCUUGUGUCUUCCAAUAUUUUGCAAUGAGUAUCCUUGCUGCUGUUGUUGCAUACAUAAAGAAAGUUCUAUCCUUCUUUGACACCAAUUGGCCGACCAUGCCCAGGAGAAAGGCCUCUGGUUUCUUCAAGAAGGUAUAUUGGAAUACCUUUUUCAUUUCGUUAUAAAUCAUCUCCCAGAAUGUCUUAAUCCUUGGGCAUGUCCACCAAAGGUGAAAGAAUGUGCCUUCAGUCUCAUUACAUUUCCAACAUUUAUUAUCGGGCAAAUGGUAGAUUUUUGCAAGCUUGACUGGUGUCAUGUACCACCUAUAAAUCAUUUUCAUUAAGUUUUCUCUUAGAGCAUUACAUGCCGUAAAUUUCAUACCUAGUUCAAUGACAGCCAGAGGAUGAGGUUGGAAGAGAUGGGAAUGGGAGAGGGAGCUAUAUAAAAGAUGGUGACUCCUGUUUGAAGCUCUGGAGAGAUUUUGCCUGUCAGUAUAAAUAAUAAUAAGCUAGGUGAACCAGUGGACUGACUCAGUGUAAAACAGCUUUUGCCAAUAUAAUUGACAUUUAUGCUGUUUGUGAAAAGGCAUGAGACCAAUCAAUCUAGUGAAUAAAAUAGUAUCUUAAUUUUUGGUAAAUGGGAAUCUUUUUAUUUCAGGCUGAGAGUACUUUCACAGAAGAGGAGGAAGAAAAGCUUCAAGCUGCUUUUUCAGUGGAGAAGCAAGAUCUCCAUCUUGUCCUUGAAACCAUUGCAUUCAUUUUGGAACAGGUAUCUUCUAUUAUAGUUCUAUACUUUCAGUAAAUUGAUGCAAAGUAUAAUGGAUAAUCCUCCUCCUUUAAGGUACUGCAUCAUUAAAAACACUUGGGAUUGCUUCUUCGUGCUUUAAGAUUCCUGUACCUGCAUGCUUAUUAGUGAGUAAGCUGCAUUGAUCAGAAUGGAACCUACCUUCCAAGAAAACAUGCAUAGGAUUGUGAUCUAAAUUGGGAUUAUCUGGGGUUGUAAUUCAGAAUCCUGUGUGUGUGUGUGUGUGUGUGCGUGCACACAUGUCACACAUGUAGUCUUCCCUGGUUCUUGCAGUGGUAUAUAUAAUGGUGUGCUGUAGCGCAUGGAACUGAAGAACAUAUACCCAUAUGUUAACUGGAAUGGGUGCAUAGGAAGAAAUAAUAGAGAUGCAAUUUGUUCCUUUUAGGCAGGCUUCCUCAACCUCGGCCCUCCAGAUGUUUUGAGACUACAAUUCCCAGCAUCCCUGACCACUGGUCCUGCUAGCUAGGGAUCAUGGGAGUUGAAGGCCAAAAACAUCUGGAGGGCUGAGGUUGAGGAAGCCUGUUAUUAGGCAUGUAAAUAGGUUUACAAGUAAUGCAACCUCCUGAUCCUAAACAUUGACUUAAGUAGGAUUUUAUCCUGGUACUGUAUAUCAUGUGUCAAUUGUACAAGGCCUUUCCAGACAGUCUGUUUGCCCUGCAACAAAUGUGCAGCUAAUCAUUUCAAGGGUUCCUACAACUUUAAAGUAUCCUUUCUGUUGCAGAAAUAUUUUGUUGUUAAAAACAUUCUGUUCUUCCUUCAGCCAGUGCCCUCAUUGCUGUUGUAAAUUUUGUGCUAACUUUUUUUGUGCAUUUUGGACAUACCUACCUUGACUUAAAUAAUGAACCGUGAGUGUCAAAUAUUUACCAUCACUUGGGUUGUUUAGCAUGUUGUCUAGCGUAUCAGCUAGGGAAGUGUGUGUAUUGCAUUAUUUUUCUUUCUUUUUUUGCAGGCUGUGUAUCACAAUUUGAAGCCAACUGUUCUGCAACAGCAGUUGGAGCAUUCCAAACUGGAUCAUGACAAAGCAGAAGUGUUUGCCACCACAUGGGCUGCUGCAGGUCCAGAGACAGUGGAAAAGUUCAGACAGAGGACUUUGUCACCUCAGAAGGUAACAGUUACAGAAACACAUAGAAAAUACUUUUUUAUUGGGACAGAAGGUACACAGUAAAUGGUGAAUGUGAUGCAUAUAAGCUAAGAACUAGGUGUGUGCCAAAAUUAAAAUAAAUAUUUUAAUAGUGAAAACCUAGAUUUUAUUGCUAGCGAAGCAAUGUAAACAUUCUAGUGUGUGGACAUACAUAUGCAUAAGUCAUUUUUGAGAGUUUGACACAUUAUGUUCAAAAAACAGCAACAAACCUUGCUUUGAACCCAUUAAUGCCUUGUAGAGAAUCCAGUAGUUUACGUGAGUGGCUCGUUGGUUGAAUAAGAUACUUGGCUGGUGUAAGAGAGUACAGCAUUAAAUGAUUCAAAUAAGGCAAUGAAACCAUUUAUUUAAGAAUAACAUAUUACAUAUUAUUAUCGGUAGAUGUGGUUACUGGUUGAAUUGUGAAAUGUACUUGGGCAGUGUGCCCAAGUUUCCUUAAGGCAACACGUACAUGUAGCAAGAUCAGAGCGUUUAUUUAUUUAUUUAUUUGUUCAUUUAUUAAUGUCGCAAUACAUUAAUAAAUAAUAUUCAGAGCAUUCGUUUCUGUUGUAUCACCACGAAUCUUAUUCUCUGCUGUGCCUCAUCUUAUUUUAAUUGGUUGUCGCUGUACUGAUUGUUUACAGUUUUCAUUCAUGUACAAUUAAAAAAACAUACAUAUGAGAUGGAUGCAUAAGGGAGAUGGGAGGAAAUUAGAAUGUACUGAGUAUUAAAACCUGGGACUAUUAAAAAAAAAUAACCACCUCUGUUACUAUUAAGAGCAUAAUUAAGGUGACAAAUGAGUUUGGAAAGGUUUAAGCAAAAACUACUCUAAUGGUGCUCUAUCAAGAGAGUUGUGUUUACUUCUGUGCCUCAUGUGGGAUAGAUUGCUUCUUUAAAUGCUCUUACAUACCCCAUUAGGUAAGAAGGCAGGAAGGGGAACAUUGUAUUAUGAGCUUUUAUUAUUGAUCCCGUGGAGUAGCUGCCUUAGUCCAGUAGAUGGUUGAAAGGCUACACACUUUUAGAGAGGCAGAAGAUCAGAGCCACAUGAAAAGGCAGGAGAAUGUUAGCUCGUCCUUCGCUCUGACACAUUUGUUUUUUGGGAUUUUUUUAGUAUUGGGUGCUAUUUUAACAAGAGCUACCCUCGUAUUGCCUGGGAGAAGUACCAAUCUGCAGCAGGCUCCAUCAGCUGUUUCUGCUCUUAGGACUCGUGUCAGCUGUUCUUGCAUGGAAAUGCCAUAUGUGUGAACCGGGUUGAAUCGGUGUGAUAGACAUACACAUACACAUACACUAACAUGAUUUGUGACAACUUGAAAGGAAGGGCUCAGAUUAUAGUAGAGUCGUUAAUGAAAUCCGCAAGCCAAAUCUUCUCCCCUGGUAAUUUUUUUAGAGGAGGUAUCACUCCCCCCCCCCCGCCACUCAGCUUUCUAAAACAGUAGAAGGGAGCUGACAACCAAGUUUACGGGGCUGGGUGCCCUGUAGUCUACCUAUGUUUGAGCAAAGUGUUGCCUUUGUCACUGAGAAAUUGCAGGUGUUGCUCAGAUGCAGUUAUCUCUCCCCUGUACGUGGUGAGUGUCGCCUGGCUGCAAGAUGGCCUUUGCCAUGCUAGGCUCCCCACGUAUUUGCAUAGGAAAUGCUCGUGAGUGUAAAGCAGCCCUUAGUUUGCUUCAUGUUGCAUAAGCCAGGACAGGAGGGGCUGCGAAGGGAGCUUGGGGUUGCUGGUGCUAGAAGAAAUGGUGUAGGUUUGAAUACAACAAACCUAGGACUAUAAAGGACGCAAGUUCAGUAAAAGGCAAGCAGGAGUCACGGAAAGGAGGUGGGAAGGAGAAUAUGGGAAAGGGGCUUGAAGAGGCAGUGUUUGGAGCCCCAUCAAAGGCUUCGUACAUGGCCUAGGGGCAAAAGGGUGUGUGAAAAGGGAUCUUUUGGGACAAGGAGGAUGCCAUGUGUAGCGAUCACACAGGGUCUCUGGACGUUUAAUGGUCUAUUGAUCCCUGUGCCACCACUGUACUCGCUUCCCCGCUGCCACCAACCCGUUACUCUCGGGUAAAACACUGAGUCCAGACAGUUGUUAAAAGUGAACCAAAUAAACAAGUUUAUUUUAUAAACAUUAACAAGUUUAUGGUUUCUCAGAUAAUAUUCCUGUCUUAACUUUAGUUUCUUUACCGGCCUAUACCUUCCUAACACCUUCUGACUGAUUAUCUCAACUGUUUGACUGACUCUUAACAAAUUCUCUCACUCUCUCACAUCAGACUAGCCCAACCCACAGACUUAUCCUCUUUGUCUCUUCUAACUCCAGACUGUCUUCGCAACCACCCUAACUCUAACUUCCUUCUCCUCCAAAAAAACCUGUGUGCUUAAACCUUAUACACAAUUAACUCCGCCCCUUGGGUUCCCAUUGGUUAGUCAUUUUACAAUUAGUGAACCCUUUCCUUAUGAACCCAGUAUGAUGUCGCACACCUAGGAGGGCAAACGCCACACCAUGCCUCUGCUUUUUUAUUUGUAUUUCCAAGAUUGGGUACAAUAAUUUAAAUUGGGUCGGCAAAGUUUUUGUGGCUUGGACCAGUUCACGGUCCCGCAGACGCAGCUGUUGGCCGGAGUGCCACUUCCUGCAGCCAAUGGGAAGCCAGCCAGCAUCGCGGAAGGGGGUCUCUGCUCUGCUCCAUGCCAGUUUAGCAUGGCGCACAGAAGCUGACCGAGUGGGCGGCAGGGGUCCAUGGGCCAGUUAAACAACCCCCAUGGGCCGCUUGUGGCCUAUGGGCCUUAGGUUGUCGACCCCUGACUUAAAUGAACAUGAACCUUUGCUCAUUUGUAUGGAUAGAACACAGGACGAUAUUUAUUCUCACUGCCUUCAUUUUGUGUUCCGUGGGUGGGUGGAGGGAGGUGGAAGCAGUUAUUGGCUUCAAAUGGCUUCUUGUACAGGUAUUUAACAUAGAUUAAAAUCUCUGUCUGCCUGUAGCUGUUUGGAAGCAAUGCGUUAGAAGCUGCCUUGAAAUUAACUGGAAUAAAUUCAGAGCAUGAGUGUUCACAUUAACACCUUGGUUAGGGGUACUGCUAAUGCCAGAAGGAGCAGAACUAUUAGAAGUAGAUCCAGAUACAUGGCUAGAUCUAAUAUAAAAAUAAACGUUUAGUUUUAUUUUUCUUUUGUGCUCAAGGGAUGACAUAAUGAGGGACUGGUGUGGUCUGACUGAUAGUUGAUUAUAACAGAGAUCAAUACGAGAUUUAUUACCGUGCCAUAACUUUGUGGUUGCUCUUUUUUCAUUGUGCUUAUACUAUUGCUGUGUUAGCAAUCUUUUCUUUUUUUAAAAAAAGAAGAAAAAUUCAUCGAAAGAUGAUUGUACAGCUUUAACUUUUUAUAUAUAUAUUUUAUGCUGGCAAGAUUCUACUGCUAACCUGCUGAAGGUUGACACACAAAACAAAAAUCCACAAAAGUUAAGUGAAUGAAACCAGCCCAUAUUAUGCUUUAUAGCAGUGGUUCCCAAUUAGCUAAGUACUGUGGACCUCUGCUUUUCAAAAGCCAAGCCAUGGACCCCUUACUUUUGAAAAUGUUGAUAUUUCUAUGGUAGUUUUUGUUAGGUGAAGGGUGAAGCCCUGGGUGGCUUACAUGAACCUUCUGGGGAUCAAGGACCACCAAUUGGGAAGCACUGCUUUAAGAGGCUCAGAUUUGCUCACAGUUCUUUUCUUGACAUGAUGAUGUGUUGGAUCCCAAGGCUACAGUCCUCUCCCUUUCUCUAUGCCCAUCGUUGCAAGUAGCCAGGCACUAAGAAACCUUAUACAUUCCUAGGAAGGGGGUACUGUGUGGCCCAUUGGCUGCACCAUAGCCACCAAAUGUGAUGUGAUUGGUUUAAGCAGCUGCAACAGUUUGAGUCUGGGCUCCAUGUCUGAAAGAAGCUUGCUACUGCUCAGAUGAGAUGCUUCAAGAUUGGUGUUUAAUGCAUAUGUAGCCACUGGCUCUAGUGGUAUCCCAGUUCCCAGAGAUGCUUUUGACACAGAGAAUGCCAGUCCCUUCCUAGAGGAAGGACAAAAAUUCAUUGCUGAGUUUUCUUUAAAUAUGGGUUAGUAGUUUUAACGGGUGUUUGAAAAAUAGGACAUACAAAAAAGAAUGGGAAAAAUUAAUAACCUCCCCAAGAGAACACUGUAAGCAAAUCUAAACAUAAGCUGGACUUUAAGAACCAUUUGUAAAGUAACGGGUUUUAUGUACAACUUACACUUAUGAGAAGUAUGGAGAAUAUAUUGAUAUGUAGAUUGGUAAAAAAUUGUUAUUAGGACCCAUGUAAGGGAUGGGGGAAAGUCACAAGAUUCAGAGAAUCUCAUGGCUUGAUUAUAUAAAGAAUUUUUGUUACCACUUUGUAAUUAUAAAAACUAAUAAAAAAUAUUUCAAAAACAAAGAAAAUAAAAAUAAAAAUAGGACAUAGAGUAGUGAGAAAGGUCCUUUAGAAGACUCUUUUGGAAGAAGCCUUUUUUGCUGAAAACGAGAAACAUUUGCUGAAGAGCAGGUGGUUUGUAGCUUCCCAUAUUUUUUCUGGCAAUGUCCUCCUUUCAGGAGCUUAGAGCCACUGUCUGUUUAAAGAUCCUCCUGCGCUAAUGUUUAAUGAUGCUUAUCUUCCUCUUUUUAGCUUGAUUCCUAAAAUGAUGUUGGGCUUUGUCACCUUUGUCAUUACUACAGAGGCUGUUUUAACACUGUUAUAAAUCACAUUAAGUUCAUUUUUAAAUGCAUCAUCUAACCUGUCUACAGUCUCUUUCUCACUCCCCAGUCUCUUCACCUGUUCCCGCCUCUCGGGAGCAUGAAUCCUUCAUGCGCAGAUUCCUUAGCUUAAAAUUGGAGCACAAAUAAGAAAUUUAUGCAAGUGUGACUUUUUGGUGCUGGAAACAAGCGUUUCUGCCAAUAUCAGCUUCCAUCCAAGGUCAAAUAGCACCUAGAGGAAGGGAUUCUCAUCAGGAUCCUGAGGGAGGAAUUAACCCUAACCCCCCCUCCACUAUGCCUGCUAUUUAAGAAGAAACAAAUGCAGGUUUUUCUAGUUUGAGCCACUGCUGUACUCUGUCAGGUUUUUGGGGAGAUGGGAUUGGGAGGAAUAUGUAAACUGGAUUGAAAUUUGUAUAUCAAAAAGAGGACUGUGUAGGCCAAGAAUGUGACUAUAAAGUGUGUUGGUAUAGGGUACCCCGAUGCAAAACAUGGGUGCCCGUAAAUAGUAUUUAGGGUUCCCAGUUCACAAAAAAUGCUUGCUGAACUGGAAGUAGCUUUCAAGUGUUCAGGGAAAGCUCUAACAGUUGUAUUCUUUACGGCAACCCUGUAAAAUAGGUUGAUAUUACUAUCCCUCAUAGCGUAGUUGGGGAAAUGAAGACAGAGCGAGAUGGGGUGGCCUAAGGCAGAGAUAAGAUUCAAAGCAGAGACUGAUUCGCAGUUCAUUCUUUUAGCUGCUGCGCUGCAUUGUUGGUUGAGGUUAUCUGCGGAAGUGGUGGGAUGUUGUUCCUAAAUAAAACAAAAUAUUGUGCGAACUGCAGCAGUGAAAAUGGUUCAUGGCACAGGCUGUUGAAGGAAGGAAAGGGUGUGUGUGUAUAUAUAUAUUCUCAUCUUUCUAGUCAAUUGUUUUUAUGACUUUGUACAAGUUUGCAUAAAACUGUUUUGUCAUCCGUUAUAUAUGUUAGUAGGGUCCCAGAUUUUUCAAGCACCUUUAAUUUAGAUACUGUGAGGUUAUGCAGUGCCCUCAUUAAAGAGUGCCGUUGCUUAAUGAAGGGUUACUCACUGCAUAUGUAUAUAGUUUUAAUUCUAUCAAUGUUUAAUUGCUUUUUAAUUAUUGUUUUCGUUUUGAGCAGUUCUUGAUUUUAUCUGUAAGCAAUCUUGAGUCCUGGCAGGGAAGAAGGCAAGGUAUAAAUAUAAUGAUGAUGAUGAUGAUGAUGAUGAUGGUAUUUGCAGAAAGCAGCCUGCUGGCCAGUUUCUACUGAGCUGCAUAGUCUCUGUCGGUGUUGGGAUUCCUCCAAAGAGAACUAUGUAGAAUUUGGUCUGAUCUUGCAAAUACCUUGUUCUUAAGAGUGUAUGGUUGGAAUACAUUGGCUGUUAAAGAGAUUGUGUAUGUGUGUGUACAUUGGUUUUUGUUGUGUAAAUUCGAAACACAUUGGUGGACCAUGGGGAGUCUUUAAAGCAGGGAGGGACAUAGACCACUCAAGAAUGAAGUCAGCCCUCUCCCAUUCUAAUGUAAUACUGAAGGUUAUCCACUGUCUGAUAAGUUAUUGCUUCUGGGAAAUGAUUUUGAACUGUGUAAUUCUACAUAUUAGGUGUGAUAAUUUUGCACGCACACAUUCAAAAAAUAAAACCCCAGCCUUAAAACUUGUGUUUGGUAAGAGACCUGCUGUAUGUAACAAUAUAUUGUUGUAUAACAUUUUUUCAAAAGCAAAUCUCUGUAAAAAAUAAUUUUGCUUACUUGGAGGGUUCCUUAAUUCUCAGCAUGUGUUAAGUAACCCACUUCUCUAUGCCUAUAUGCCUUGUCCCAUUUUAUUGCAAUCAUAUAUCAUGUACUCUUAGCAGUCAGAAUUGGAUGGACUCUAUUAUAUUCAAUCUUCCUUUCAAUAAAAUAAAUAGGUAAGCCAUUCUGAAGCCCCAGGCAGCAUAUGGUACAUUAAUCAAAGAUUUUGAAAGCAUAGCUGUACUUCUAGAAAUGUGGGGUGAAAACUCCACUUGAAUUGCGCUGGAAAAUCAGACCAUCCAAUCUAUGAAAAGGUUACUUGUAUUUUCCUUUGCUUGCUUACUCCGUUAAUCUGCAGUGUAAUUUGUGAUUGUUCCAGUGCUUCUGUGGUUCUCUGAUAUUUUUUAAAGUGUGCAUUAAAUCUGAAUAUAUAUUUUUUCUAAUAGUUUUCAAUGCUACUGUGGUAAAAUAACCAUACGUCAAAGAAAGUGUAGUUGUGAGAAAAACCUGUGUUCCAUGCACAGCAAUGCUCGCAUGGUGUACAGUGGUACCUCAGGUUAAGUACUUAAUUCGUUCCGGAGGUCCGUUCUUAACCUGAAACUGUUCUUAACCUGAAGCACCACUUUAGCUAAUGGGGCCUCCUGCUGCUGCCACACCGCCGGACCACAAUUUCUGUUCUCAUCCUGAAGCAAAGUUCUUAACCCGAGGUACUAUUUCUGGGUUAGCGGAGUCUGUAACAUGAAGCAUAUGUAACAUGAGGUCCAGCGCCGAGGGCCUUCUGGCGGUUCCCUCAUUGCGAGAAGCAAAGCUACAGGGAACCAGGCAGAGGGCCUUCUCGGUAGUGGCGCCCGCCCUGUGGAACGCCCUCCCACUAGAUGUCAAAGCGAUAAAUAACUACCUGACAUUUAGAAGGCAUCUUAAGGCAGCCCUGUUCAGGGAAGCUUUUAAUCUGUGAUAUUUUACUGUAUUUUUUGUUUCUAUGGAAGCCACCCAGAGUGGCUGGGGAAACCCAGCCAGAUGGGCGGGGUACAAAUAAUAAAUUAUUAUUAUUAUUAUUAUUAUUAUUAUUAUUAUGAAGCGUAUGUAACCCGAGGUACCACUAUAUUGACACAACAUCACAUUUCAUGAGUUGGGGAUGGUAGAAAAGGGAGCCAGCAUGAUGCAGUCGAAGAGCUUCUGAAAUGGCUGAUAAACGUGUGGAAUUGUUUAUGCCACAAAAGGAAUUGUUGUUAUUUGUAUUUAUGAAUUUCUCUUCCACCAAGGGACCUUGGGGUGAUUCACAGCAAAAUAUUCAUAAAACAACAACUCUUUAAACCUGCUCAAACCACAGAGUCAGUAAGUGAAUAAAAAACCUUGGCUAUAGAUGUGGGUUUUUUGGAAAAAAACAAACCAUGGUCUCUGGGUUGGACAUAAUGUUAACUCAGGGACCAUGGCUUGUUUCUUCUGUGAGCAAAGCAGCCAAUAUCUGUGCAUUCAUUAUAAACUUUCAUUAUGGUUUACAAUGACAUGUGAGCAAGAUAUCUUGUGGCUUGUGUGUCAGAAAUGAAACAUGUUUUAAGAUCACUAAAACCAGGAUGGAAAAAUGAUUAUGUGACACUAAUACCUGUGUAUUAAGUCUCUGUUCUGACAAGAACAUUCCAUCUUUCAUCUCCUUAUUUCCAUAGGAGACAACUAUACUUGUAAAACAGAGAUAUAUUAACAUUAAUAAGGUCAAAUGUUUUAUUUCUCAUAUAGUGGAAGCCCUAGGGCUACACUGGUAACUUUUCACUGAAAGUCUAAGCCCAGCUUAAAAAAAAAAGUUAUCAAUUCUAUCUCAAACUUUUAGCAAAGUUGAAGCUUUAAAUAUCCUGAUUUACAGUAUUUAAACUGGUACACCAUAUGGUGUUCCUGUUUGAUUUCCCCCUGUGGAAGUCGCGCAUCUAAAUAAAUGUGAUAUAUGAAUGAAAACAUUUAUAAAUAGCCUGGCUUUCAAGUAUUUACAUAAAAAUAGAAUUUUGGAACAGUAUGGCUAUGAGGACCCAGUUGCCUUUUAGACAAUGACCCAGGAUCCUCUGGGGCCAAACAGAUUCUGAGAGAUUACGGUAACUCAUUUAGGAAAAUACUGUUUGCAGCUACCAGUAGUACCACUUGCUCACAUAAUCAAAAUUGUCUAAGGGAUGGUUAAUAUUGUAAUGGGAAUCCAGAAUUCUCUACCCACAUACUCUGGCUUACUGUUUCUGUUUUAUUCAUACCCAGAGAAUAAAAAUCUCCCUUUUCAACUUUAUAGCACUUGAUGGAAACAGUAAAUAUGGCCCAGCAAAUAAUACCAGUUUCCCCUCCUUUUUAAAUAGGUCUAUAUCUAUAUCAUGUAUAUCUAUAUAUAUCUCUCUAUGAAUCCUGGAAGUUUUUGUUUCCUGUAAACAUGACAGUGGUGUUUGCCAUGUGAUACUUGCUUACAAAAAUGUUUGGAAAUAGAAUACGGAAAAAUCCCUGGGUUUAAAAACCGGUAAAAGUUUGCAACUUUGCCUUCAGGCUUGCAUUUUUAUCUGCUCAAGGAAAUGGCUUUUGAAUUUCAUGCUCUUAGCCCUGCAAACCAAAAAAUGGCUGACAAGUCAGGGAUCUAUAAAUAUAUUUUCGUUGCUAGAAUAAAGGAAAAGGUAAAGGACCCCUGGACAGUUAAAUCCAGUCAAAGUGACUAUGGGGUUGCAGCGCUCAUCUAGCUUUCAGGCUGAGGGAGCCGGCGUUUGUCCACAGACAACUUUCCGGGUCAUGACUAAACGGAUUUUGGUGCAACAGGACACCGUGACACCGUGACAAGUGCCAGAGCGCACAGAAAUGCUGUUUACCUUCCCACCACAGUGGUACCUAUUUAUCUACUUGCACUGGUGUGCUUUCGAACUGCUAGCUUGGCAGAAGCUGGGACAGAGCAACGGGAGCUUACUCCAUCAUAUGGAUUUGAACAGCCGACCUUCCAGUCAGCAAGCCCAAGAGUCUCAGUGGUUUAGACCACAGCACCAACAGUGUGCACCUCAUUGCUAGAAGCCAGUAGCUUUGACUGAAUGCACAUAGGGAGCAGUUUGGCUGAUUUGAGAAGGCCCUGUUUUCACGUUGUAACCUCUCCAGCACAGGCACUUUUUAUCUUUGCAGCUCUCACAGUUAAUACCUUUGAGAACUAGGAACUAGCAAACAUCAUUUGUGGUUUGUGGUUUUAAUCACAAUUGCAUACUUUUAGGGUGCUUGAAGUCUAUCCUCAUGAAUAGGGUGAUUGUCCUGGAAUAAGCCUUAUCUGUUACUUCAUAUAAUUGCAGUGAAAACGACCCAGGCUUUAGGUUAAGGAAGAACUGAGUAAAGUUUCUAGAAGUGUGUUUCUUGCAGUCUGUAGGCUGUUGGCGUUUGCUUAGGAUCAGCCUUGAAAGCUAAAACAUUGAUUUACCUGGGUGGUUGUGGCGCAUCUUAUUUUAAUUUGCAUUUGUGUUUCCUAGCUUGAGUCUGUUGGAUGGCAGCUUAACCUUCAGAUGGCUCAAUCAACCCAAGCAAAACAAAAAUCUCCUCAAGCUGUUUUAGAACUUGGAAUGAACAAUGAAGAUUCAAAGGUAAGAAGCCUCAACUCAUAUCCAUUGCUGCAUUGCUGCAUUGCUGCUGGUGAUGAUUCAGCUGGCUCCAGUUUUCAGAUAUCAAAUAUAGGUAACAAAUUUAAAUAGGCCUUGGUGUGUAGAGCUGCUGAGGUAUCACUGCCCUGCUGAAUGAUCUGGGUUUCAUGAUUCUUAUAUGUGUGCCAUGCAGGGAAACUCUUCUCUUGUUUUUGUAGUGAAUUACUGUAUCAGGGCUUUCUUUGGAUCAUUAAGGUGAAAGAUGCUUCAAAACCGUUACACAGAAUAUUUAUUUAAAUUGCCAUUUUCAGAUCACCAGUAAAUCUAAAGAGUAUACCCUUAACCAUCCAACUCAACUGUUGCAGCAGUUCAAAAUACCUUUUUAAUAAAUUCAGGUAGGUAGCUGUGUUGGUCUGACACAGUCAAAAUAUAUAUAAAAAAAUUAAAAAUUGUCCAGUAGCACCUUAGAGACCAACUAAGUUUGUUCUGGGUAUAAGCUUUUGUGUGCAUGCACCCGUCUUCAGGUAAGUCCAUCAACCUCACAAAGAAAUUUGCACAGGUACAGACUGAUAUCUCCUUUCUGACUAAAUGCAAAUACCUAAGGACAUUAUACCUAAGGGUCUUAGAAUUAAGAACCCUGUACAAUUCACCUAUCCUACUAGGUAUCUGAAGAAGUGUGCAUGCACAACGAAAGCUUAUACCCAGAACAAACCUAGUUGGUCUCUAAGGUGCUACUUUUUAAUAAAUAUUAUGAACGGCCCUGAUUGUUGAUUGAAUCACAGAACUCUCACCUUCUUGAGCUACUUCAGAAGAAUACCCCGGUCUGUAGUCUCGAAAGCUGCUGAGGGGUCAAGAAGAAAGAGCAAGUUUACAUUCCUCCCCCCAGAUGCUGUCAGCCACAGCAACUAAGGCAGUUUCAGUGCCCUGAAUUGGCCUGAAGCCCAAAAAGGAUCCAGAUAUUCAAUGUCCUCCAAGCAUGCCUGAAACUGGACACACACACACACCGAGCACCUUGCCCCAAAAGGGAACAGUUGCCGCUGAACAAUAGUGGGCACUUCUGAGUCCAGGAAAAUCCUCUUCUGGAGUGGAUGUAUCACUGCCUCCAAGGUUAAGUACAAAUAAAUAAAAUAAAUACUACAAUAUCUUAACCAUAAUACAAAGAUUACACAAUCCUAAAGGGCACUCAGCACAUUUGAGAUAAUAGUCGAUACCCAUUACAAUGAACUUCAAUUUAGAAAUAUAAACUGUACCAAUCUGUGCAGCUGAAUUUGUGUUGGGGGAAUGAGAACUACUCAUUACUGGUGCUCCUGUCUCCUUUUCUGUCCUUUCUGACCCGUUCCCAAAAUAGUCGGCCAUCAUUACCCACAUAGGCAGGACUUCCGUAAAAUGAAUGGCAUAUUGCGUGUUCUUAGCAUCGUCCUGAUGCUGAACUCCAGAGCUCAGCACAGUCCCGUCUUUUGACCUUAUGGGAUGCCACAGGACCAAUCCUAGGGAAAAUGCCUGUUGCCAUCCUCUGUGAUCUCCCUGUUAGAAGUGGGGAGAUUUCUUCCAGAAUAGGCUCUCUAGCAACAGUUUCCCUUCACCAUUACGAGCGUUCACAGCAAAAAGUGGAACACAGUACAGUGGUGCCUCGCAAGACGAAAAGAAUCCGUUCCGCGAGUCUCUUUGUCUUGCGGGUUUUUUCGUCUUGCGAAGCAAGCCCAUUGACGGAUUAGCGGAUUAGCGCUACAGUAUUAGCGGGCUUAGCGGAUCAGCUGAUAAGCGCCUUAGCGAUCAGCUGUUAAGCGGCUUAACGAUCAGCUGAUAAGCGGCUUAGCGAUCAGCUGUUAAGCGGCUUAGCCGAUCAGCUGAUAAGCGGUUUAGCGGCUUGGGGAAAAGGGGGGGAAAAGGAAAAAAACCCCGCAGGAACUCGCAAGACAUUUUCGUCUUGCGAAGCAAGCACAUAGGAAAUUCGUUUUGCGAAGCACCUCCAAAAUGGAAAACCCUUUCGUCUAGCGGGUUUUCCGUCUUGCGAGGCAUUCGUCUUGCGGGGCACCACUGUAUUUUGGAAUGCAGCCUGUGGCUUUGCAAAGCUCUCUUAUAGCCUAUUGAAGUGGAUGCUGGUACAACUUGCUCCUUGCAGAGGCAUGAUAUGUAACGUUUUGUGCUCAAGCCCAUCAUUUUAAAAGGAUCCUGUGAGUUCCCUUCCCAGAGAAAUGGGACCUGGUAAUCCUUAUCACUUUUCCUAUACGGAUUAUAAACAGGAUUCUAGAUUAAUAGUGCCCCAACUUGCAGAUUUACCUCCAGUUAAGCAGAUAAUCUCUUGCUGUAUAAAUUUUUCACUUGACGUAGGAGUUCCUUUUAAAAUAAAGUGUUUUUAUUAUUGUUCUGGAAAGUUUCCUUGCCCUUUCCCUCAGCCAGUAGGUGUCAUGCUGAUUCGAAUGUGCUUAGAAAGGAGUGAGGCAGUAUGUUGUACUCCACCCUUUCCCAAGGCACAGUGAGAGGUCCCUCUCUUCCAGUCCUUUGUACUGAACUCUUAAGAAGAGGUGUGGUAAGCAGUGAAGCAUCUUUCUGCUUUCUGAGCCCUUGGAAGACUUAGUGCCAUGGUAACAACAUACACCCUGUUCCUCUUGCCUGUUUGAGGCAAAUGUGCAGUCUUGACUUUGCAGUCAUGUGGACUCUUGAGAGAUGGUCCACGUGAUCUUGGGCAGGCACCCCCCCUCCUUGGGAGAAGGGUAGGAUCUGUGGCAACCAUGAGCUUUGGCUGACUACGUGGAGCUCUGAUGGCAUAUAAUACACUUGUUCUUUUGCAGGCAGUUUUUCAGUCCUCCGUAUGUUUGCAGACAUUAACAACUUUCUGCGUACAUUGCAUCUUGAAUCUUAACAAAAACCAACUGAAAUAAACUUGAACUAUGAAGAGCCUUUUGUAAAAGUAUGUCCCCUCAUUAAAUGAAUGCUCUGAAUUUAUUUUGAGGAAUGUAUAAAAUCUUGCUUUCAAGUGCGAUGAAACACUUGUGCCUUUAUUCUUCUAAUCCUUCUCAGCUUCCUCUUCCUCUUUUAAAGCUAUGCUGUCAUACAUUUAUUUAUUUAUUUAUUUAUUUGCUGAGGAAAGCAACGACUUCAAAAUCUGAUUUUACUAAUAGUAGUUGGUGGAUAGCUAUUUAUUGACCGAAAUGUGUGUUGCAUUGGCUCGCUAGAGGGCAGUAGUGCUCUUCCAAGUGUCUGUGUUUCUUUGACACAUUGAAUGCUUUUUCCCCCUCCCUCAAAUAACAUUGUUGAAUUAGUUGUGAAGUUAGUUGUGGUGGGAAACAGUGUUUACCUUUCUAAUCUACAUACAACAAUACGGUUCUGUUAUACCUGCCUGCUCAUUUUAAUGCUUUUUAAAUCAAUGCAAUGCUUUUCUCAUCAGUGGAAGCCUUCUUGCCCCUUUUUAAGGAAUCCCAGUGGUCUACAUACCUAAGGGAUUUCUUAUUAGCUUGGACUCCUCAAAAGAAGCCACAGAGGCAUAUUACCAUUUUUUUGCUUAUUGUUUCAGUAUGGGAACCAAAGAAGAAAGUUUGCAGUGUGAAACUUUGUGUGCUGCUUUUGGCCACAGAAGUUUCCAGUGCAGAAGAGGCAAGCCACUCUUCAGUAUAAAAAGCAGCUUGUCUCUUUGGCAACAGAAAUCUUGUGAAACAAAUAGAAAAGCCAAACUGUGUUAUGCCCAUGUAGGCCUUAUCUGGAUCAUGGCAGCAGUACUGAAUUCUGAGAGCUGAUGGGUGCAAUCACUGAUUCCCUAUGUUUUGUUAGCUUUUAAAUGCAGGGUUUUGGAUACUGAUUUUUUUGUUUGUUUGUUUCAUUAAAUAAUAUAUAAACUGCCCACCAUUCAAAAAUAUUGUGGCGAUGUACAAAAAAGAAAUAAAUAAAAAUAAAGUACAAGAUACAGAGAUACAAAAGAAGAAUAUAUUAAAUCCACUUGUAAAACCCAUCAUUCUUUUAAUCCCAUUAUGUGGUCAGAUACCAUCUACACAUAAUUUUAAAAGAAAUUUCCAAUAAAUGACUAUUCGGAGAUAAUUUAAUAUUCCAUUUCCUUACGGGUUCCUACAUCUUAAGGCAUAUUCCAUCAAUGGGAGGAGAAUGAAGUGUGUAACUUGAUAAGGUGCAACUUUUUUUGUUGAAGUGCUGGAUAGUCGUCAUUCAUCAUCAUUCAUCUCCCAGGGCUGUCUGUCUCCUUCCUUCUUCCCCCUUCUCUCUGCCCCUUCUCUUUCUCACUUCAAAGUGGGCUUGAUCCCUGCGAUCAGUUUCCCACCAGCUUGCCAAGUGAGUCGGUGCUAUUAGCUUCCCCGUCUUCACUGGUGGCCACUGCUGAUGUAGAGCACAGACAUGGGAACUUGCCCCACGAUCACCUUACUUGUACAGUUAGUUCCGCUUCAUGCUAUGGCCAGGAGACUGGCAACUUUCUACAGGGGUGCUGAUUUCCUGUGGUGAAAAUGAUGUCUAGCAUGGCUUUCUUCUUUAAGUCUGCCCUGUGCUGGAAUAGUUGGGAGCGGAAACAGUUUUCUUGCCAGUGCAUGCUCAGUUGCUAUUGUGUGAUCUGUCUGCUUGCUGGAAAAAAUAAGCGCAGAGUUUUUAAAAACAUUCCUUGCUGGAAAAAUAGAAAAAAGCAACACUUACGAAGUGAGUAUAAGGAAAUGAACGGAUUAAACUGUGAGGACUCACCGCUUACGGUUAAUGCUCUAGUGUUAAGAGAUUUGUGUUGUUAUGUCAGAGCUCUUUGACUCUUGGGGAAUAUUUUGCACUAUAGAUUACAGGGUUCUAACAGUAAGGGAAAGGAGGCUCUCCAAAAUUUAGCAGUGACUGAACUGAUGAAGAGAGAUUUUGGUAAAUUCAGAUCUAAUCACUUCUGGUAGAUUAUAUUUAUCAUAAAAUAAAAAUUCCAUUUUGCUUUGAGUUUAUAUUUAAUCCGUCUUCCCAGGGUGCUGCCAUGAAAUCGCCUUGACAACAAAGGAUAAUUUAUUUUACAAAAAAAUUGGAUUAGAUUCUGUUUGCAGAGGGUGCACUAUUUGUGGGAAGAGUUUCAAACUGGAAACACUCUGGAUGAGAAACAUUGUCUUUGCAAAAUGUAUCUUACUGGCUCUUCUUUCCUUUUUUUUUUUUUAAGCGUCUCCCUUCAUUCCCGCUUACUGUUGUUACUGUGCCAUAAAUUUUCCCUUUCAGUGCAAUUUGGUGCAUGUUUGCUUGGAAGAAAGCCCCACUGUGUUAAAUGGAACAUACUUCUGUGAAAGUGUGCAUAGGAUUGCAGUCUUAACUUUUUGUCGUAAUGACUGUGUUUAUUUCCUCAAUUGCCACUAUUUCAACCGAACAUAUAUUGUGAAAGUUCUUUUUAAGCUUUUAAACUAUGGAUGGAUGGAUAGUGUGGAUCAAUUGACUAUUAUACUGGAAGUCUGCAAAGAGAUAUUGAUUGAUUGAUUGAUUAUUAAAUUUGUUUACCGUCCUUCAUCUGUAGAUCUUGGGGAGGUUCACAACAUAAAAACACAAAACAUAUAAUAAAAACAUGAACAAUAAACCCCCUCCUGCUUCUUAAUGGCUAUUAGAAUAUUGCGUAACCUCCAGGUUGCAGAAUCUUUGGGUUAUGACUGCGCCGCACGUGUGCGCAGAAGCAGCACCUCUAGUUACGGGUUUUACAGGGUGCGCAUGGCACCCUGAAAUGAAUUAAAUCCAUAACCAGAGGUACCACUGUAGUUCAUUGUAUCCUGCAUGUAAAUAAAAGAGCUAUGCUGACACAGCGCGUAUUAAGUGGACUACUAAAUGUCAUUUCAGGAUUUUGGUCACAUAAAGUUGCAGUUCUAUGCCUGCUUCCCUGGUAGUGAGUCCUGUUUAUCUUUCCUUCUGACUUCCGUCAGAGUAGACAUGUAUUGAACUGUGCUGUAAAAGGCUUUGAAUGUCCUGCCCCCCCCCCCCAAAAAGAGGAAUGUGUAAAGUAAAGGCUGUGUAAAAUCCUGGAAGUAAGCCUUUCUCUUCUAAAACCUGGUGAACCGAAUGCUGCUCCCCACCCCCCUCAACAACUUCCAUGUACUUUAGAUUUAUUCAUACCAUCCUGCAACUUCAGUUUGACAACAAAUGAAUAAUGGCUACGUUAGGUAAAGGUAAAGGGACCCCUGACUAUUAGGUCCAGUUGUGGCCGACUCUGGGGUUGCGGCGCUCAUCUUGCUUUAUUGGCCGAGGGAGCCAGCGUACAGCUUCCGGGUCAUGUGGCCAGCAUGACUAAGCCGCUUCUGGCGAACCAGAGCAGCACUGCGUUAGACCUUUGUUAAUUCCAGUGGCAGCAAAUUUUCCAGAUUUGAGCCCUUUAGAUUUUCUACAUUUUGAACAGCGAAAAAAUGAGAUCUGUAUCCAUUGAAUAAUUGUACUCUUCUGUUCAUCCUACGUAAAUUUUCAUCUCUUUUGAAAAUAUGAAGAGUAACUGUGGACAUAAUAAAUAAUAAUAGUAAUUUAUUAUUUAUACCCCGCCCAUCCGGCUGGGUUUCCCCAGCCACUCUGGGUGGCUUUCAACAAAGUGUUAAAAAUACAAUAAAACAUCAGACAUUAAAAACUUGCCUAAAUAGGGCUGCCUUCAGGUGUCUUCUAAAAGUCAGAUAGUUGUUUAUUUCCUUGACAUCUGAUGGGAGGGUGUUCCACAGGGCGGGUGCCAUCACUGAGAAGGCCUGGACAGAAUCCAACAUUGUGACUUUAACUCUUGCAAUGAGACAGUACCAUCCUGUUCUCUGGCAGCUCCCACAGACACCCCUAGUGCCCCCCCAGCAAAUUUUCAGGGUGCACAAAUAGUUGCAGAGAGGAGGAGGUGCUGUUGUGUGAUCCCUAUAUCACUACGUGAAUAUCUUCUAGAGGGAAAGCUGUCUGUUGAAGCAAAAUGUAUGAAGUGUUUUGUGGCACCCUGAAAACUCAUAAUUGUGUUCGUCUUUAAGGUGCCUCAAGACUCUUUUUGAUUAUGUGAAUACAGUAUCUGUUACAUUCUUAAAAAAAAAAAAAAGUAGUAGCUGUAGUCUGUAUUGGUCAUGUUGCCUCCUAAAACAUGUAUCUAGUGAAACCUGCCAGAAGAUGAAAUCCACCACGCUGUGCGAUUUGAUGCAUUUCAGUGGACUACCACACAAAUUCUUUCCUUUGAAAAGUGUGAUUGUGCAAAAUAAACCUAUUAAAGGAAUUUACAGAAUCUUCUUGACAAUCUUUAAUUUAAGCAAAAUCAAAUGAUACUGAAAUGUAAAAUACAAACUUGCUGUAGAUUUAUUUUAUGAUUUCUUUCUCUUGUGGACUCUUAUCUAGCCCUGCUUUAUAGCAGCCUGAUAAAAAUCAAAGCAUAAACAUGCCACUGAGAUUUAUAAACUAAAAUUACUGUUCUUUUCAAACUGAAAACUUUUUUUCCAGUCUGUUCUAAUCAAAUGCUAUAUUGGCCCUUUCAAGUCUGUCCACAGGGUUCUGCCUUCUGAAAACGUUUCAGCUUGCUAACUUUGCCAUACCUGUCGACAGCCUUUUUAAACCAGUAGUGCACACCAGGAAGUAUAAUUUUAUCCGUAUCCUAUAUCUGUGCUCUCUGCCCCAUCUCUGCUGGAAAUUUUCCUUUUCUUUCCUUUCAAGGAGGGCAGACAACGCAUAUCCUCAUAAAUCUUGGAAUUUCAGAAAAUGCAUGGGUACCUACAAGGUGGGAAGAUGUGAUUAUUGCAGCCAGCAGCACUGACAGUGUUACGCUUUAGGUUGUUCUUGGCAAUUUCUGAAACUUCAGUUCGUUUCUUAUAAAAUGCAGAGGUCUUAAAGUGGGGUGUGUGUGUGUGUGUGUGUGUGUGCACGCACAAACACACACUUUGUAUGUAGAAGUGACUGUUUUGGUACAAUCUUCAAAUCUUAUUGCAGCCCCCAAACUGCUUUGAUCUUUCUCUGCCGUUCCCCUGAGAUACCAGUGAUGCUGUGUAGUGAUUUUGUAGGGAGUGUAACUUUUUAGAACAGCUGGGAAUAUGAGUGAAAGCAGACUAUAAAUAGAAGCGGGAAGUAGCAAUGGGAUUUUCCCUUAAGCCUAGGUGCUUGUCGCUCAGUUCUGCUUUCAUGGUUACUUCUGUACUGUUUGUGACUUAUUCUUGCCUUGCAUAUUGGCUAUUGCACAUUGGUGAUUAGGAUGCCUCUUCUGCCACUGAACCUUAUUGCAACAUUUUUUUUUAAAGCCAAUUACGUUUUCAGUUUGGAUCUGGACUUUUGCAAACUCGUUUGCAGAUAAUGAUAAGUGAUCCCUGAAGCAAGGAAACAUGCUUCAGAUAUGUGGCAGAUGAGACUAGAGACCAUCUGAUUGAGAAAGCAUCUAAUGCCUUUCCAAUAAAAGCGGGUGUGGUGCAGGGAAGUUCCAGUAUAAAGCAGACGGCGAGUUAUAAAGCAAGCUGGUUGAAAACGGUUACUUCAGCAAAGUCAGUGUUUUUAGUGAGAGUACUGUACAUUUUCACUGUAGGCCUUCGCAGUACCUUGCAAGUUAUACAGGAUAUCCUGCUAAGCUGGUUCAAUGUACUAAUUGUAAAAAAGAGAGGACAUUUUGCUGAAGUAUAUCAUCGUAGUCAGUCUAACUAGAAAUCACACAUAGUUAUAGUACCUGGUGUUAUUAUUUUGAGUGUGGACAGGAUUAGUCACACACCUUGCAUUAUUUUUUUAAGUUUGCCGUUAAUAUUUUUGCUACAGCUGCAAGGUUACCAAAGGAUAUGGAAUGAAUGCUGAAUAUUAGCUCAGGAAUUUCUAUAUUACCUGAAUUGGUUUCUUUGCAUUAAUUUAUGCCAUUGAGCACACCAAUCAUAAUUUUGGCUUAGUAGCUGAAGAAUCAGAUUCCCCAGUGUGAUUGUUUACCUGUAAAAAGCGACCUUUUGCUCCUCUCGUGCACCUAGAAGAGUUCUGCAUCGUUCUUCAUGGCCCUCCUAUUCUUGGCAGACGUGUAUUUGAUGCAUUGAAUGUAUAGUUGAGGGACACAUCCCUCCUCAGUCAAGUGCUGCUGCUGCUGCUGCAGGACAAACACAGUUUCAGCUGCAUCAGAGCACCAGUGUGAGGGGAAACUUGGCUUUUGUUCUUAAAAUUAAACUGAACAGCAUGUGAUACCUGCAGAUCAGAAGCUAUGUUGUUUACUGUUCGAAAUUAGAGAAGCUGUGUUGGAAGGCAUUAAAAACUUGAUACGAAAGGGUGUUAUUGAGGAGGCUGGUUAAUCUGAACUGGUCUCAUGAUCUAGUAGACAGAAUUUUAAACUAGCAAAUGUAUUCAUACUUGUUCAUAAGAACAUUGGGCAGUACCUUUAUUAGUCCCGAUAAUCCCACAAAGCAAUGAGCAGGCUAGAAAUUGCACAUAGCAACAGUUGGGGACCCUGGGAAUGGAGUUAGUGCAGAAAUUAGGUUGGAUGUGGAAGCCUUGAGGUCUUCAUUUCAAUUCAGACAAAGAAGAUUGCAGGCUGAAUUAAUCCCUGCUGGGUAGUUGCAGGUAUUCAGUAAUACCUAAUGUUCUAAGAUGACAAAACAAUGGCUGAUCCCCAUUUGGAAAAACCUAAAGGCUGGUUGUUACCCAGCUCUGUCUAAUGCUUUGAGCAAAAACGUGCAAGUUUCUGGUUAGGCAGGAAGCAGCUGCAAAGUAAAAUAUGGCAGUAUUUAUAUUAGCAAAGCUGGAGAUUAAUUGUGGGUAGUACAGUAGGUAAAAGUCAUCUGAAGCCAAAUUGUGUAGUAUUGGUCAUUGGAGGGCAUGUAAUCCCUCAGUAGUAGUAGUAGUAAUAAUGAUGAUGAUAAUAAUAAUAAUAAUAAUUUAUUUAUACCCCGCCCAUCUGGCUGGGCUUCCCUAGCCACUCUGGGCGGCUUCCAACAUAGGAUGCAGAAUCCCAGUUCAGGUGGUAGAAAAUAAUCUCUGGCUAUACAGUGGUAACUCGGGUUACAUAUGCUUCAGGUUACAUAUGCUUCAGGUUACAGACUCCACUAACCCAGAAAUAGUGCUUCAGGUUAAGAACUUUGCUUCAGGAUAACAACAGAAAUCGUGCUCCAGUGGCAUGGCGGCAGCAGGAGGCCCCAUUAGCUAAAGUGGUGCUUCAGGUUAAGAACAGUUUCAGGUUAAGAUCAGACCUCCAGAAUGAAUUAAGUAUUUAACCCAAGGUACCACUGUAUAUUCCACUCAGUAUGUUGUCUCCCAGGCAUAUAAACAAAGGCAUCUGCAUCUGUUCAUAAGUUUUAAAAAAACACCACCACCCAAAUCCGCAGUCCCUUCAUUGGGACCAACCAAAUGUCACAAAAUAGCCAGCAAGGUUUCAAGUUCUCCAGUGCUCUUCAUCAGGCAGGAAUGUUAUACAAAGCAAGGGCUGAGGGAAAUGAGGAGGAAGAAACCCAAACAUGCAAAGAAUAGGAGUCGUGAAACUCACUGGGUGACCCUGGGCUAGUCAUUCUCAUCUAAACUACCCCUCACCCUCAGAGUUUGGUGUGACUUGGCAUCGUGAGGUCCUUGGAAGGGAAGGUGGGCGGUAAAAACAUAAAAUCAGUAAUGCAGAUUAUUGGAAGAUUAGGUUUCAUCUCCAUAAAACUUGUAUUGUUUGACAAGCUGAAUAUUGCAGUCCAUAUUGUUGCAUGUUAUAAACACUGUAUAGGCUUAGCAGGGACCAAAUAAGCAGUCACAGUGUUCCAGCAACCAUUGCAGACAUGUUUCAGGUAGCUGAAGUUACAGGUCAGCACCUCAAUCAGUUACAAGGCCAGCAGUUUACAUCGAUCCCAUUGUGCAGUUUGCAGCAAACAAGUUUGCCACCUGCAGCUAUUCUACAACUUAACUUCAUCACACUUACAGUUGUCGGCACAAAGGUACAGAAGGGAAUGUCCUUAAACACAAAUGAACACUGUGCGCAAAAAGGACUGGAGGAAAUCAGUUGCAAGCUCAUCUCUUGAAGCCUGCAUGUUUGGCUUAGCACAAUCAACUCCAAGCAAUAAUAUUGCAGAAUUGCUGAACUAUCUGUAAAAAAAAAAUUCUUACAGUCUAUUUUUCUGUGUUUUUGCGGAAUUGCAGAAAUUGACUUCAAACUGUUUAGUGAAAGCUUGUUCUAAAGACAAGAUUCAAUUGCUAUUUGGAGAGAGAGAAAAUCUCUGAAUGCUUGCAGUUAGUGUCAUAUUAUUUCAGCUUACAAGGAUGGUUCCUCCCCUCUAUUAUUGACCCUUUGGAUUGAGGACUGCUCUUUGUGUUAUGGUUUUGGUGGGUCCACAGUUAAAGGCCUGUGUUGUAUGCACACUAAGAUGGUAACAAUCAUUGAACACCCCUCUCUUUUCCAUCUCGUAUACAUCUCCACUCUGGAGAGAGUGAUUGGAUCUGACUUCUUCAUGUAUAUUUCUGCAUUGAACAUAAGAUGAAUAAAAAAAACCACAUUUCUUCCAAACGUUACAGAUUAGCAGGAGUAAAACACUUGCCUGUCAUUAGCAUUUAUAAUUUGCAUGAGCUGAAAUUGGAGCUCUUUUUACAAAUUAUUCAAAAAAUGCCUUUUAGUUUGAAAUAUGAUAUAUGUGAAUAUUAAUGCAAAACAGAAAGCAGAAGCAUAAAAAAGAAUUUAUUCAUUGCUUGUGAAAAUGUUAUUUCACUAAAUGAAAUGGGGUGGACAACAUUUUAAAAAAUCUAUUAGGAUAAACUUGGUAAAACAAACAGAUUCAGCAUUGCAGCCAACUGCUGCUGCUGCUGCUGCUGCUGGGUUUGUUAGGAGAAACACAAUUUAAAAAUAAUGAACAAAACAAAGCACCCUCCCACACGUGGAAAAUAUUUAGAUCUUAUCUGGGAACAGGCAGAUCCUAGAAUAGGCAUGUCUUUCCUUCCCUCCCUCCAAAGGUCUUUCAUGGUCACUGAAGUAUGGGAAUAGUUAGUCCUGCUGAUCAUUGAGGAAGCACGUUAUUCCUGACACCAUCAGUAAAGCUUUUGUUUAAUAUCAAUCAUAGUUCUAUUAAAGAGCCAUGCAUAUAGUUGCAAUCCUCCUUUGCAAGUCUUUCAUGCUUUUUAUUGCUAAAAGUCUUUUAUCCCCACCCCUUAUCUAUUUAUUUGGAAAGAAAUCUUCCAAAUUCAGUGGGACUUUGGCCUAGCUGUGUGGACAUUGAAUUGUAGAUUAAGACUGAAAUCCUGUGCUCACUUACCUGGGAAUGAGCCCGUUUGAACUUUGUGAGACUGGCUUCUGAGUAGACAUGCAUAGGAUGGUGUUAUUAAUCUUAUGCUACUGACGAACAUCUGUUCCCUGAAUUAUUAAAAUAUCCAAAGUGUAAAAUAAUUUCUCCCCCUGCCAGCUCCAGGUCUGGCUCUCUGAUUGCUAACUUCAACUGUACAUUUUAUCAAGAUUUCUUCCCAAAGAGCAAGGAGCUGCAAAUGCACUUCACGUCAGACUUAAAAUGAUAUAUGUCUCCUCUUAAACCUUCUAGCUCAUAGUAGCUCCGCCUCAAAGCUUCAGCAGUUUAUAUUGUACUAUGACUCAAAAUGAUAAAGUGAAUUGUAAAAUGUCGCUAUUAGCAGCUACUGGGGUUUCCAGAUUCAGAGCUACACUGGAACUUUCAAAGUUUUUAUUAUGACCUUUUUAGUUUGUGACAGAUAUAAAUAGCAUACCUUGAAGAAGUCAAUGAAACAUCAGGUAUAAUGCAUGGCAUUGAGAAUAAUUACUCUAUAUAUUAACAGGAAUCAGUAACAGGCUGGGGGAGGGCCAGCAAGCUGAAGAUGAAUCCCAACAAGAUGGACAUGCUAUGGGUAUUUGGUUCUCAGGUCUGGGAGAUUGGCGUUCUUCCUGUCUUCUUGACAGGCAUGGAUGCCCCUUUCUCUACUUUCUGACUGGCAGUAUGUGCUAUUUCCUUAAAUAACCCGAUCCAAAAUGUUUGAGUUUUAACACAACAUAAGAUGGAGUACAAUAGGUUGCCCUAAUCCAGACAUGACUCCAUAGCUAUUUGCUUCUGUUUUCAAAGGGAGUUGUUCCGAAUUUUCUCACAUUGUACGUUUGGAAAUGCCUCCUCAAAAUAUCUUCUUUAUCUGAAGCCAGAUUGGUUGGGUUGAGGAGCAAAGCCACCUUUGUGGUGGCACCUGCUUUAUGAAACUCCUUCCACAGAGAAAUCCCAUCAGGCCAGCCUGAUUUUAUAUUAUUAUUUUUCCUUUAUUAUCUCAGUAGGCGUUUGGCAGUUUUGCAUUGAGUGAUCUGCUACUGCUGAAAACUUGGUUUACGGUGCAUUUAGUUUUGUGUGUGCUAGCUUGGUCAAAUUUGUUGGGGAAAGAUGGAACGUCAGAGUUUGAUUUGUUGUAGGCUGCCCUGAGAGCUCUGUAGAGCCAAGCUGGCGGGAAAGGAACAAACAAAUAAAUCUUCUGUAUGUUUCAAAGUAAAUUAGAAUGUUAACAGCCCUAGUGAUGAUUCCGGUUAGACGUUCUCUUUAGUACUUCUGUUCCCCCAAAAGUAAUAGCUUGUGGGCUCACGAUCAUCAGUGGACUUGGGAAACCAGCUCUAGUGUCUUCCUUGUCCUCUAACACCCAAGACUGAAGACUCAUUUGGCGGUGAUAAUUUACUUAUAGAAUAUCUGUGAUUGGGAGGAUUUCAUGGCUGCAUUAGAGCGCAGCACUUGGGAAGAUUUGGAGACAUAAAAACUGUCAGGAAAAUAAAGUAGAAUUAUGUUCAAUUGUAAGUCCAAACAAGGCCCAUAUGCUGCUAGAACAGUAAGCCAUUGUAAGGUUAUAUUAUUCUUUGAGGAAGUUUUUCACCGCAGAACGUUUCCUUGUCCGCUCUUAGGUCCCUGGAAACUCGUUGUUCAGCACUGUUUGAACCAAAUAAAGCCCUUUUGUAAAAAGUUUAAAUGAUGACAUAAUGACCACCCAGGUAAGAAAUGUGGUAAAGGCCCUUGGUGGGAUGGAGUCCAUCAAAGGUCUUAUUAAAAUGAAAAAGGAAGUUUGAAUUACAUUUCCUCAUAGCUCUUAAUGUAUAAUCAAAUCAUGCUAUUUUUUUAAAAAAACUUGGGGAACAAGAAUUAUAGUUCUCAUUUCUUCCAGAGAUUGCUCUGAUUUUUCUUAAUUGCUUAAGAGAUACGAAAAAAGGUUUACAAAUGGGUAAAAGCUUAAUGGUAAGGAUUUGCUGAACUAACAAAUUGAACUGGAAUACAAAAAAGGGAGGUAUGAGGAGGUCUGGGGAAAUAAGGGUAAAGAAGAUAUGCUAUGGAAAGUUAAUGUGUUUUUUAAUUGUUUUUAUCUUGUAUGUUUUUCUUUUUGUUGUUGUUAUAUUUUAAAAAUUUUAUUCUUUUUUCUGUAUUUUGUAUUUUCUUGUAUUUUUAUUUUUUGUUUUUGUAUUCUUUGAAACUUUAAUAAAUAUCAUUUAAAAAAAAAAUAAUGAUUUUUCUUAAUUGCUACAUCAGAUUUUGGCCAGAAGGGGAUUUUUUAAAAAAGCUUCACAACUUUUGUAUUAUUUGUGGGCAAGAGGAAGCUAACCUAAGUAAUAUGUGGUAUGUGUGGUCUGAGUUAGGCUUUUAUUGUGCAUCUUUUAAUAAAUAUAUAUUAUAGAAUGGAUUUUUUAAAAAAGUAAUUAAAAAUAGAACUCUUAUUGGACGACUGUCUGGCUUCUUAACUAAACUCCAAAUCAGAGAUUAUAAUUAUAAUAAUGUUUUAUUUUUAUUUUUGCAGACGUAUUCAUCUUAAUACCUUAUUAUGAGAAUAGUGGCAAUCUGCACAUCUGUUAACACUAAAGCUGCAUUGUAAAGUGACCCUCAUUACUGAACAGCAUCAUUUAAGGUCAAAGGGCACAAUAAGCCUCCUGCUGUUGUCCCUUGUCAUAAAUUUCAAAUGUACCCAUAGUGCACAUUUUAGAAGUUCCUUAGUUUAAUUAACUGGGACUGCAGAAGCACAGAAUUCAAAAAUAAAGAGGCCAAGUAUACCACUGGCUUUUUCACAGUUGUUAUUUUUUAUUACAAGCAAUAAAAUGUAUUUGUGUAUAGCCUUCCCCCACCCCCGUAUUUUGAAGUAAACUUAAAUACCAGCACACAUACACACUUUUCUUAUUUAUAGCUACAAAUCAUGUUUUUUAACCUUAAGCUUCAUUUGAUUAUGUUUUUUUAAAAUCCUUUGUCUUAUUACAGAUAGGAGUGACAUAUCUACUAUAGGAUAACUGACAUUUGUUUGCAUUUUGGUGAACGAAUUGAUGAAUAUUGUAAAAACCGGAACGCUUCAAGAAGGUUUUAGGCUAAUUGCAGCAGCCCGAUGAGGUUUGGGAUACAGGCAAUGGCUGUUUUGCAGGGGUGGUGGUUUGCAUUCCUGACCCCCCUGCAUGUUGGCGGAGCGCACACAAGUCCGCCCUGGCCACUUACAGGUUGUGGCGAUGCACGGGUGUGCGCAGUCACACGUCAAUUGGAUGCGUGUAAAUUGGUCAUUGCCUGUACCUCAGAGGACACCGUUUCAUGUCAGAAGAGUCUUGGAUCCAUCCUGUUAACAGCUCAGGAUUCAUCCAAACCAAAUGCACCCUCUUGCUGCUACUUAGGCCUUCAGAGUCAAAUCCUUGUGGUGAGUUGUUUCCUCACCCACUUUUUUACACCUGGGUUGCAGCAUUACCAGAAACCCAAGCAGCAACAGUUUUUACAUCUCUUCUUCUGUUAAUAUUUGCUUUUGCACAAAACUAGGGACCUGUUGGGAUGCGGGUGGCGCUGUGGGUUAAACCACAGAGCCUAGGGCUUGCCGAUCAGAAGGUUGGUGGUUUGAAUCCCCAUGACGGGGUGAGCUCCCGUUGCUCGGUCCCUGCUCCUGCCAACCUAGCAGUAUGAAAGCAUGCCAAAAAGUGCAAGUAGAUAAAUAGGUACCACUCCGGCGGGAAGGUAAACGGCGUUUCCGUGUGCUGCUCUGGUUCGCCAGAAGCGGCUUUGUCAUGCUGGCCACAUGAUCUGGAAGCUGUACACCGGCUCCCUUGGCCAAUAAAGCGAGAUGAGUGCCGCAACCCCAGAGUCGGCCACAACUGGACCUAAUGAUCAGGGGUCCCUUUACCUUUACCUUUAGGGACCUGUUAGCUGUUUCUCAGCUUUUCACAUGCCCCAACUAGGGCUGGGUGAUAUAUUGAUAUAUUGUCCAAAACCGCUUUGAGGUCCAUAUCAUGAUAUUGGUUUCAUAGUUUUUGACUUGGCAAUAUAUUGCAAAUGAUGAUGUGUGUGCAUGCUAUGCAGCAAUCACAAUGGGGAAAAAACUGUGAAGCCAGCCAAUGCCUCUACAUAGCUCCAUCCUUAUUUUAGACAUUGUGAUAUAUCAAUGUUUAGCUGGUGAUAUAUCUUGAUGUUGAAAACCAGAUAUUGCUCAGCCCUAGCGCUAACCACGUUUGACUGUGUCAGCUCAGUUUUAAGUCUUAUUUUCUCCAGUGUGGAAUAAUUUUGAUACCUGGUAAGGUUUUAAAGAUGCCUGAUUCCUGACUGAAGAGGACAUACACAAUCUCUACCAAGAAUGCCUAACCUGUGGCCCUCCAGAUGUUGCUGAACUAGAACUCCUAUCAUGCCCAUUGCCCAGGGAAGUUGGGAACUGUAGUUCAGCAACAUCUGGAGGGCUACGGUUUUACCACCCGUGAUCUCUCCAUAUAUGUUGCACCUUGAAUAGAUGCCCUAUUGAGGAGAGAACUGUGUAGCAUCGUGAGCUGCAUAAAGGAAAAGAAACUGAGCAUUUUCACGUUCCACAGUUUUUGGUUGCCUGUAGUUGCAAUUAAUACAUUAAUUUUGCACAUGUGAUUUAGGUAUCUGCUGUGCUUUAAACUCUAGGCUGCAUUUGGUAUUGCAGCAUAACCAGUCUGCAUCCAAAGGCCAAGCUGACUAGAUUCCAAGUCGCUCAUUAAAUCUUUCAGGUGUGUUACAUUACUGAACUUCCAAGAUAAGAGUGAAUGGCUUCCUAUCUGCCACCAGGUUCAGUCUACAGCCAGAGAUAUAAUUUGAGUCGAUAAAGUUUGAUAAGAUUAAUGAAUGUAAUUGGCAUAUAAAAUAUCAGGAUACAGUAUAUCAGAAACUGGAUUUGUUUAGAAGCCAAUCUCUUUUUUUCUCCAACACAGCAAUGUUUUGUUUGGGAUGGUGCUGUGGGUACUUGCUGUGUGUGUGUGUGUGUGUGUGUGUGUGUGUGUUGUAUUCAAGAAGGGGUGCUGCUGUAGUCAUUUGAUUUGUGAGCUGGGAAUGGAGAGGUGGUGUUUCUUAAAGUAUUUCCAGCAAAAGGACCUUUCUGGUGGGCUUUGUUUAUGUCAGGAACUAUAAAAGCAGAGGUGGAUUAGGCAAAGAGAUGGUGACUACACUGAAGUUUUAACUAGUGGACUUCAUGUCUGAAUGGGGUUUUGAACUUGGGUAUUCCCAGUUCUAGGUAAGACAGUGGAGAUGGCAGGCCAAAAAAUCCAGUAUCAGUUUAUAUCAAGCUCCAGUGCAAAAUAAUACUUCUAUCUGGGAAUACUUGAAUCUAGUAUGUAUGGUUUUGUAAUUAAUACUUAAGAAUUCAAUUGCACAAUAAAACUUGGUAUAACAACAACAACAACAAUCAACAGCAACCAUUGUAGCCAGCCUAUCUAACUGGGUUGCCCCAGCCACUCUGGACGGCUUCCAAAACAUAAACAUAAUAAACAUAAACAAAAUAAAACAGUACACAUCAAAAGGCCGAAGGUUGGCUUGAAUUACAAGGAAUUGCAAAACUGAGCAUUUACUGGCUUCUGUGUUACUAUUAUUGCCAUCUUUGAUAUGGAGAUCCUGGCUUAUUUUAAACCAGAGUUCCCUGUUACUGCCAAAACAGAGAACUGGUUUAAUGUGUUGGCCGAGGAGCCAGAUUCAAAUCCCAAAUCAGCCAUGAAGCUCACUUCAUAUUAACUUAGCCUUCUCCCCAGGCUCUUGUUCUCUCCCUCCUCUCCCCAUCACUUUCCUCCACCACAGGAGACCGGAAGCUUCUGUCUUAGAUGAACACUUCAGCACGCUGUCCAAACUUAAACUGUGGUUAAUCUUAGCUGUGGCUCAUGAAAACAAUUUAGCUUCGUUAAUUAUGGCUUGUUUCCACUAAAAUUAACCACGGUUUGUCCAGCUUUGGAUGCCACAGUAAACUGUGUUUAAUCAAAAAUACACAGCAAAGUUUCCAGACUUCUACUUGUGGCCACCCUAGUGAAUGACGGAGUGUGUGCAAGGCUUGGAAGAGGCUAGGCUCAUUUUCAUUGACUCUGAAUUAGCCUACUACUUCAAGGUUAUUGUGAGGUAGAAAGGAGAGGACCGUGUAUGCUGCCCUAAACUCCAGGUAGGAAGGACAAGAUAUAUAAGUGAAAUUAAUUAAUUAAGAGGAGUUGCUUUUAAGUAAUGUUGCCACCUGCAAGAUAAUUUCAACACAAUCAUGUAGGUACAGUGGUACCUGGGUUGUCGAACGUUUUGGAUUUCGAAGGCCAAAAACCCGGAAGUAAAUGCUUCCGUUUUCGAACGUGCCUCAGAAGUCGAAUGGCUUCCGAGGCGUGUUUCCCAAUUUUCUCAAUGGAAUUUUCCAACCACCCAUUGCACCUCGGUUGUUGAAUGUUUAGGAAGUCGAACGGUCUUCCAUAACGGAUUAUGUUCGACAACCAAGGUACUACUGUACUUCAUAGCAUAUAUUUCAGUGUUUGGGUUAAUAAUGGGAAAACCUUUACUUUUGCAUUUUUAAAGAAGGCACUUUUAGAAAUACCACAUUUCUCUCUAACCUCCCCUACCCUCCACACCCCCCUAAAUAUGUGUAUGAAUAAUCAGCUUUUUGCAAUCAGGGAUGUAGAUGCUUGUAUGCUGUUCAGAAUGAGACACUGUGUCUGGGCAAAAUUACUUAUCAAACUGAAGAUACUUUUUCACUCUAGUAACUUCAGCCAAACUAGGUCAUUCAAUAAAUGUCAGUAAGACAGGAAAGUAAGUUAAAUGUCACUUGAAAGAGGCACGUAUGCAUAAAUUUGCGAGGCACUCUAAAAGCUUUUAUAGGUAACAUGACUAAAGUUUUUUUUUGUAUCGGUCUCUAGCGAUAAAUGAGUGAAUGAUUACAUUAAUUUAUCAGGAGGUUUUCUUGCUUGCCUACUUGUUUAUGUAAAAUACCUAACAGUGAUGAUAAGUAGUGGCGAAUGAGAGAGCUUCUAUCUUCUUGAAGUGGGUUUGAAAAGGCAGCUAGAUUAGAAAAGGUUUCAUGAGUGGGUUAUUGUAAUUGAUAUUGAUUUAGGAAAAGUAACCUAAUAGAAGUUACUGUUUUGUUGUGACUGUUCAAAGCCUUGCCAUCUUCAAGCUAUUACCUCUUGAAUUCAUGCCAUGCUUUACACCUGUCACAAUAAAAAUAUUUUCAGCAUAUAUUGAAAUAAAAUUACAAGGCAGCUGGUUUUAAUUUCUCCUUCUAAAGUGGGUAUCAUGCCUAUCUCAUACAAUAAUCAUGCGCAGGUCUUAUAAACAGAAGCUUUGUACACUUAUUCUUUCUUUCCAAAUGCUCAAAACUUAAAAAAAAUAGAUACAAUGUGCUUCCUUUUAGGAAGCUCAUUGCUGCAAGUGGCAGGCGUAUGUUUCCGUCAGCUACUUGCAUUAUGUUGGAGAAGCUGUUGCCAAUCAGGUAAGCAGUUUUCAUAUUGGAACCCAAGAUGGCUGCCACAAAUUCACACUUGGUGAAUAUUUCAUUCCCCAUAAGCGUGAGAAAAUUAACUCCAAUUACAAAACUAACAAGGAGAUCAAUCAUAAUGUGUUAUUUUUACUAACACAUUAUGAUAAUGUUAUGUUUGUUAUAUGUUAUGUUAAAUAACAUAAUGUGUUAUUUUUAUUGUAUGCAUAAAAUACCGCUAUUCAUACAAAAAAAAUGCAGCUAACGAAAACCACACACCCAUAUACACAAUAAAAACCAUGUAAAGAUUUCAAAUAAUAGAUCAGUUAAUUAUUAAAGGAAGAUAUUUUUUUCAAUGCUUAUAAUAAGCUUGGUUUUCACCAGAUUUUAAAGGUUAAAACAGAAGAUACCUGCUGAAUAUCUAUGGGCAGAGCAUUGUGCAGGAUUAGGCCAAUUGUACUAAAGGCUUGAUUUCUUUUUGCUAUCAUAUGAGCUUCAUCAACUUGUGGGACAGUCAGCAAUGUUCCUGCAGGUUAUAUUGUUGAGUAAAGCUUCCAUGCGGCAGCUGAUGCAUAGUGAGGUCAGUCUUGCUCAUUUGGAUGAUGGAGAGAGCUCCCUGUAGGGAUCUUUUGCUCACUUGAACCCAACUAAGUAGGAUGGCCUCCCCUUCUAAAAUGAAGAUUUUAUCUCCUACGCUGGCCCUCCGGUGUGAGAAGGUCUGGAAACACUGGUUAGAUGCCGUGGUGGCUUUCAUGUUUUCUUGGUGCACCAGGGUCUUCUUGUGAUUCCUACUGUAUCUUCUUGAGGGUUAUGGCUUGAAGAGGCAUUAGUGGGAAAGGCAAACAGGAAUCAGUCCCUUGGACCAGUUUGUGUGGAGGGCAUCCGUGGCUUCUACUUGUGGGUGGUACCUGGAAAAGAACCUUGGUGUUUGGUUGCUGAGGUGAAAAGUGGACAGCUCUAGUUGGAUCAACUUGAAUUUCCUUUGGACUUGGCAGAACAGUUGGUCAGAUAAAUGCCGUUCCCCUGGUUGUAGGGUCCCCUUGCUCAUUUGCUUCUCCACUGACACGCUCCACAUUGACCUCUGCCCAUGUCAGGAGCAAUGCCUCUUGUUUAGAGCAGGUCCAAGAUGUUGGUGUGAAGAUACACCCUUCAGGUGAGUCCAGUGGAUCUUUCCAUUUGUUUCAUUUCUGGAAAAGGUUGUUCAUAGAAACUUGCUACUAGAAAGAAAGGUGUGUGUGUGGGUUAUUUUGUUUUAGCAGUACUUUGUUGGUUGUGAGGUCCUUUUGAAGUUCUGGCUUCAGAACUUCAAAGUGCAUAAUCACCUGAUGUGAUGGCUUCCUUCCCCAGACUGUGCUCACCAUAGUACUUUAGGUGCGUAUGUGUGUGUAUUUUUCAUUGCGGUUUAUGUUCCAACAGCAAAAUGAAAUUAUUUUGGUCCAGGACCGAAUGUGCCUCUGUAUUAAGGAGCAUUUGUAAAAUUGACCUCUCUAUUUUAGUAGGUAUGUGAUCUUACGCUGCCACUCUUUUCAGGGAGGUUAUUUUUUUGGUAAAACUUCCUAAUGGACUACAUCCACAGCGGGUGAUGGUAAUUUAACCGCUUAGUGCUUUUUCUGUCCAGUGAUAUUUCAACAGAAGUGCUUUCUCUUUAAAACUUUUAAAGACAAUGCUUUUAGAAAUACUGUGUUGCAAUCAACUGAUAAGAAUGAUCAAAUAGUAGCAUGACAGUUGCACAUUUUUAUAUCCGAACAUUUGCAAUGUUUGCAUAUGUUGCGCUCCUUUGUAUGCAGAAUACAAAGGGCAUUGCGUCCUUUUGAUGUUGCUUUAAAGAAGCUUUUUAGACAUCUGAUUUACUGAACAGUAUUGCCCACUGCUGUUUGUAACGGUUGAGUUGGUUUAGGAGAUUUUAACUGUAUUUUUUUUUAAUUAACUGUUUAUGAUUAUGUGUUUUAUACUGUUACUUGCAAACUGUUCUAUGGCUUUAAUGAAGAGCAUAACAUAAAAAAAUGAUUUUUUUUUUUAAUGUGCCACCUCGCACUAUGAGAGUUUCAUGCAGCAAAAUGCAUAAACAUACAUACAGCUGAAGGAAUGGAGAGAACCCCACCGGAGUUGAUACAUGCUUAAAAUUGGAGCAUCACAAGGGUUGCUUUUGGCCAGCAUCCAAAGAGCUACUUUAAGCUUAUUCAAGAGUUUGUACCCACCCAGUGGGAUUUUAGAUUUCAACAGCAGAUUUCAUCUCCCCAUCCCUCCAUGCCAUAUCCUAGAUUUCUUUUGCUGCUCCCCUUGGUUUUGAGAGCUUUUUACUAUACAGGAUGCAAGGCAGCUGUUCAUAAAACACAAGUACAGCUUUGGGUACGCGAAAUUUGCUUUGGGGUCUUGGCUUCUAUGCAGAAUAAGAGAAGGCUUUUAUUUUGUCCAGAGUUUAUGCCAUUUAAUAUGCCUAUUAAAUGAGGAGUUACUCCUGACUUUUUAAAUUAAGCAAGCAAGGGUUCAGCAAAAUAUUUCCAAACCAAAAAUGGCAUAAUUUGAAUUUAUAUUUUGAUUGCAUAUGUUAGUGCUUACGAUGCCAGUGAUAUUUUUAAACUUCAAAGUCAAAUAACUUUGUGGUAGCUACGCACACAAGCUCAAAGGAGUUUAGGUUUGGGCAGAUUACUAGUCUAAACAAUUUGUCGCGUUAAACCGAUUCAUAUUGAUAAAUGACAAGCAUAAUAUACUAACUGUACAAAUUGUAACUAACAUCUUGUAGUAUGUGCUUCAGAGUGAAAUACUACCUUUUGGGAUUAUGAAGAUAAAUGUUUUCUAGCUGUGACUCUAUACACAUUUACCUGGGAACAAGUCCUACUGAACUUAAUGGGACUGACUUAUGAGUAGGCAUGUGCAAUAUUGUGCUGUCACUGAAACUUUUAUGCUUGCGUUGUGAGUUAACUGUUUAAGAUAAGACCUUUACAGAACAGGACAUCAUCCGUUCCUGACAAUCUUCUGGGUAGCUGUGUCAACAUUAAGCUCUCUGAUCCAACAGUGAAUCCCUUCUAAUAGUUUUUUUACUCUAUGACACAUCAUGGGAACAUGUAUUUUAGGUGUGUCAAAUGCUUUUCAAGUUGUUCCCCUAUCAAUGUCUAGUUUUCAAAUGGUUUUUGUAGGCAAUGAAAGCUUUAUUAAUUUAGCGACAGCAGGUUUCCGGCAAGAUCCGUUGCCUACUUUCCUAGUGAUCUCAUUAUCUUCCAGUCCAAUUAAUGCAGAUCUUACUGUUGCAAGUAUCCUUUCCUAGCUUGACCUGCCUCAGAAUAGAAAUUAUUCAUUUCAGCAUUAACCACAGGUGAUUGGAAGCACAACAAGGCCACUCAAAAAGAAGGGAGUGGUCUCUAUAUGCUUUGGGGGCUUUUGCAGGAUGCAGAAGUAUAUGUGCUUAUAAAUUGAAAGGGUUUUCCUUUUUCUUUUUAAAGACCAAAAUGGUUCUAGGACUUACAGAAUUCAUUGGCAUUUGAAACGUGAGAGAGUAAAGGGACUUGAAAAGAGCAUAAAUUAGACUCCUGUAGACAGACCAUCAAUUGAGUGUAUGAGGGAGAGCAGUGGAGAUAUUGAAUGUUACAGUGUAAGCCAAGGGGGAGAAAAAUGGAGGGCAGGUGAUGAGAGGCAGUAGGCCGCCUUAGAGCCCUAACAGCUUAUAUUGAAUCCUGGAGGGAGUAUGGGGGGGUUGUCCCCCCCCCACAGCCCGUGCACUUAUACAAGAAUGUUUCAGCAGGAAAUGAAGGAAAAAGGAGCAUGUUUCCUUUUCCAGUCUCCAGGACCCCCACCCACCACUAUGCCGCUAUUAAAUGUUCUGCAAUGAAAUCCUUCUGCUAAUACAGUGGUACCUCGGGUUAAGUACUUAAUUCAUUAUGGAGGUCCGUUCUUAAUCUGAAACUGUUCUUAACCUGAAGCACCACUUUAGCUAAUGGGGCUUCCUGCUGCUGCCGCACCGCCGGAGCAUGAUUUCUGUUCUCAUCCUGAAGCAAAGUUCUUAACCCGAGGUACUAUUUCUGGGUUAGCGGAGUCUGUAACCUGAAGCGUAUGUAACCUGAAGCAUAUGUAACCAGAGGUACCACUGUAUAUGGCACAGGGCUUGGGGUGGGACCAGGAUGUGUCCUUUCCUCUUCCUAUCCCCUCAAACGUCUCCCUCUCCCGAGAGGCCUACACUGGGUCCCUGUUCCAGGCUAGCUGAAGCCCUGACCAGGAACCCUCCUCCGUUUAGGGACCGGAGAUAACUGCAAUGCUUUGUUAAAGGUUCCACUGGAUAAUGCUAUAUAUAAUCAGCUAAGCUUCCAAAACAAAACAAAACAAAACAAACCUUAGUGACCCUGAAUAUUACUCAGAAAUCUUUGGCAAAAACAGCCACAAGUAAGUGUUUGACACUGUCUAGCAGUCUUGGAAAAUGGGAGCAGCAGACUAUGAUGUUGUUGUUAUCUGUGAACACAGUCUGUCCCUUUCUCAGCUCUGCUCCACAAGCUCAGGCAAGUGUCUUAUUCUUUUGUAAACGGAGCACUCCUAGUUCAGGUCUGAUCAUUUCUGUAUGCACAUAGUAAUGUUUUGCUGAUACUGAAUCUAAAGAAAAAGAUUUCUACUAAUACUUCGAACUCCUCUAAGCACUAAACUCUGCGAGGAAAAAGAAGCAAAUAUAAUAUUUGGGUUAUAUGGAGUUCUACGGGUUAUAUUUGGAUAAUGUGGAGUUUCUUUAAGCAGACAUUAUUCCUGCAAAUCUUACUAAAGUUGUUCUCUGUGCGGAUGUUUCUUAAUUUACAGGAAGCACCACUGCAGGAAGUUCAAGGAUGUAGCAUCCUGUUGAGCAAGAGGGUGUUACUAUUUUUUGGACUUACUUCUUGGUUAGUUGGCUCAUAAUUGACGAAUUGAUAAAAACAGGAAAAGCAUAACUUUUAGACAAUAUAAUCACUUGAGCUGAGAUUUUAAAUCCCCUUUUGCCAGGAACUCCUUGCUAUACUGCAUUGUGCUUCUUCUCUUCCUUUAAAUUUAAUCUCAAAGCCUACUUAGACCUUGCCAAAUAGACACAAGGGAGAUCUACAAUACCCUUGUGGUUAUUGUAUACAUCUGCACAGAAGAGUCGUGUGGGAUAGCCCCAUGAGGAAUUUGACUUCCACAUGGUGGGCCUGGGCGAUGUAAUAAAUAAAAUAAAUAAAUAAAUUUUAUUUAUAUCCCGCCCUCCCCAGCCAAAGCCGGGCUCAGGGCGGCUAACAACAAUCAAAUAAUCAAUCAAUCAAAUAAUCCAACAUUCUAAAACAUUUCAUUAUAAAAAUUAAUUAAAAUCAAAUUAAUGGCAACCGUUAAGCAAAGUUCUGUGCAGGUUGCCAGAGGAGGGAGUCAGGCUGGGCCCUGACCAAAGGCCUGGUGGAACAACUCUGUCUUGCAGGCCUUGCGGAAAGAUGUCAGGUCCCGCAGGGCCCUAGUCUCUUGUGACAGAGCGUUCCACCAGAUUGGAGCCGCAGCCGAGAAAGCCCUGGCUCUAGUUGAUGUACCGAUGUAUGAGGCAAUGUAUGAGGGCCAGAGUGUUCUGGUGGCUUCACCCAGCGGUAUACUGUGAGUGAAACCACCACUGCUCCUGAGUUCCUCUGCCUCCAGCGCCCAGUGGCAGGAACAAGCAGCCUUGGCCAGGCUUGAAAUGGGUGGAUGAAGGAGCAUGGAGAAUUGGGCAUGCAGUGCAAGAGGUUUGAAAUCGGGGUGGGGGACACGCACCACAGCCCAGAGAAGAAAUUGGCUCCUUGGGAAAUCAGCUGCCCUGAGGGGAAGAUACUGUGGCGCUGGGAAGGUGGCAAACGAACGAUGCAAAGCAAGGAGACGGCGAUUGUCCUUCCUCUCUCCUAGCUUGCUGGGUGGGUGUGUUGCAUCCCCUCUGUUUAGCAACACAAUGCAUAGCCAUAUUGUGAUGUUUGGCUGGUGAUACACUGCAGUAUUGAAAAGCUGACAUCGCCCAGUUCUACCACAUGGUGUAUGUAAGAGAGACAGACAGACAUGAAACAAUGCAAAUACCCUGCAGAAGUUUAGAUUGCCCAUCACAGUUUGUGAGACAGCAACAAUCCCAUUUACUUGAAACUCCACCAUGUCAAAUAUUUCAGUUGUGUUCGGAGAAUGGUGUUAGAAUUACUUAAAUUAUAUUAUUAAUGGUCAUUUAAUGGAUGCACCAUUAUCAUGUCCCAUUAUGACUUUGCUUCAUAUUUCUGGUCCCUUUUUACAUAACCAUCUUUGAAGAACUUGUGACAGUCUCUUUCCCCUUGGGCUAGAAAUAGUUCAUAAACGCUGCUGUUUUGCUGUGGUUAUAAAUGUUUCUGGGUAGUAACUUAAAGUAUAUCCUUGUUGGUGCUGAAUGCUUGCCUACUGUUCUGAUUUAUAAGCCCAGCUCUUUGUGGUGUCAUGAUUUCAAAACACUUCACAGAAUUAAAUAGUCCCUUUGGACUAAAAGUUACAGACGACCAUAACACCCAGUUAAAGAGUGGAGAGGAAAUGUUACAACCCCUUUCUUUAACCUUGAAGGGAAGAUGCCAUUGCUCAUAGGUAGACAAUCUGCAUUUGCAUGCAAAACACUUAAUAUUCAAACCUGCAUCUCUUUUUAAAGGAUCUCUGAAAGCAGAACUGGUAAAAAAGACCACAGAGUGCUGCUGCCAUUUAAAGACCGUUAAUGGACCAUGUAUAUUGGUCCUUUGGUAUAAGGCAGCUAAAGGCAACCUGAUAUAGGUAAGGCCAGUGUGGUUGUAGAGGUUAGAGUGUGGGACUAGGACUUUGGAGACCAGUGUUCAUACCCAAUAUCAGUCUUGAAGCUCUUUGGGUGACCGUAGGCCGGUCAUUCUCUCUCAGACUAACCUACCUCAUAGGGUUGUUGUGCCAAUAAAAGGGGAAAGAGAACUGUGUACACCACCCUAAGCUCUUUAGAGAAAAGGUGGGGUUUAUAUGAAAUAAACAAACAGGGAGUGUCUUGCAAAAGUACUGUAUAAAGGUAAAGGGACCCCUGACCAUUAGGUCCAGUCGCGGAUGACUCUGGGGUUGCGGCGCUCAUCUUGCUUUACUGGCUGUAGGAGCCAGUGUACAGCUUCCGGGUCAUGUGGCCAGCUUCUGGCAAACCAGAGCAGCACAUGGAAACACCGUUUACCUUCCCGCCUGAGCGGUACCUAUUUAUCUACUUGCACUUUGACAUGCUUUCGAACUGCUAGGUUGGCAGGAGCAGGGACCAAGCAACGGGAGCUCACCCUGUUGCGGUGAUUCGAACCGCUGACCUUCUGAUCGGCAAGUCCUAGGCUCUGUGGUUUAACCCACAGCGCCACCCGCGUCCCAAUGCAAAAGUACUGUAGUUGUUACAAAAUAUGACAUCCAACCUAGGGAUCAGGUGGCAAAACCAAUAGUUGCUUUUUUUCUCCAAAUAAUGGAAGCAAACCAAGUUUUCACUGAGGCAUUCAGCAGAACCUCUGUGGCAUCUAUAAUAUACCUUUGUUUGAAAGCAUUUUUACACCACUCUUUGCCAGAAAGGCUCCCAGGGUGACUUCCAGAUGAUCAGUCAAGACAGUCCUUUUUGCCCACAGGCUUGUAAUCAAAAGAUAAAAGGGAUGGGGAGGAAAGAGGAAAACAAGCACCCUCAGGCACCAUUUUUUAAACUUGCGAAGUAGUUUUUAUAAUGACCAGCUGCUCCCAAAACAGCUGAGUGGCACUGCUUCCCAUCUCAAUUGCUGCUGCAGCCUGAUGGGAUGGAUACUGCCAAGUAGCACUUGAGGAAGGAGCCUGAUGGAGCUGCUGCUUCAGCAGAGCUACUGGAGCAACCCCAAAAUUUGUUAACCAGAAAUGCUAGACCAAAUCCAGUGAAAAAGCUAUUCUGAUCUGGCAAAUUUCCAGUUCGUAAAAGCAUCUCUAACAGCUUUCGAAAUUUGAGCCCGAUAUAUAUCUAAAAUGUUCUUUUCUCCAUUAUGGACACAGUCAAUAUAAUAAAUGAAGUAUAAAAGUGUAACACAAAACAUAAAAACAGAUGGGUACUGUGUAUGGGUAAGUAGGAAAACCUGAUCUUUUCACUCUGUUCAACAGAACUUCUGUUCCUCUGCGUUCAGUUCCAAACGACGAGACUUCUUACAAAAUAACACAUAUCCUGUGAUUCUUCUUCGUUGCAGUCACUUUUAGGAACAGUUUUGCCAUUAUGCGAAUGAUGAGGAAAUUGUCCUUUUUUCCAGAAGCAAAGCAGCAAAAGACAUAUCAGACAAUUAGUAAUAUCAGACUUCAAAACCCAUCCCACCCCCUUUUGAACAUAUCAUUCAUAUGUUUGUCCCAAAUUCUGCAACAAGAUCCUAACUCCUUCUGUGAACAGAAUAUAGUCACAGAACGGGGUUUUCCAUCCUUCCCCUUUUCACUUCACUGUACCCUCCUAAAAAUCUGUCCUGGGGUUUGGGGGAUGCUUGGGAGAAUGGUGUGUAGGAUAUGGAGCAGGGGGCUGUAGCAGGUGGGGGCAGAGGAAAUGCCAUUUCCAGCCUUUGAUUUCUCUUUUUAGCAGACCUUCAGGCUUAGGUAAAAAUAGGCAUUUGAAAGCGUUAGUAGAGAUAGCAUGAUUGCACCUUGAUAGCGAAACAGUAUUUUGUUAAAAGAAGGGUCUCGCUUAGCGGCAGAUUAAAUGUUAAGUUGGCAUCUGUGGUUUCACUGGAAGGCCCCUUAGGGAAGGGUGGUUAACUGGAGAUCAGCUGCGCCAAAUUUGGCCCAGGCAUCACCACUUGCUCACCCCCAGGCCAGACAUAUGUUUCCCCCUUACUUGGCAGAGUUCCUGUAUUACCUCCAGACAAGUCCAUUGAUUACAGUAAAAAGGUAAAGGUAAAGGUACCCCUGCCCGUACGGGCCAGUCUUGACAGACUCUAGGGUUGUGCGCUCACCUCACUCUAGAGGCCGGGAGCCAGCGCUGUCCGCAGACACUUCCGGGUCACGUGGCCAGCGUGACGCUGCUGCUCCGGCGAACCGGCACCAGAGCAGCACAUGGAAAUGCCGUUUACCUUCCCGCUAUAAAGCGGUACCUAUUUAUCUACUUGCACUUAAGGGUGCUUUCGAACUGCUAGGUGGGCAGGAGCUGGGACCGAACGACGGGAGCUCACCCCGCUGUGGGGAUUCGAACCGCCGACCAUGCGAUUGGCAAGUCCUAGGCGCUGAGGUUUUACCCACAGCGUCACCCGCGUCCCACAUUGAUUACAGUAAUAUAUGGCAAAACUUACACUUAUUUACUAUUUAAAAAAUCAUUUUGUAUGUAAGUUAUUGUAAGCGAUUGUAUGCUUGUAUGAGGGCUAGUUGAGUUUGAGUUCAGACUGUUGCAACAAAAGUUAUGCUAUGCUUUUUUUAAAAAAGUUGCUAUUCCAGGUUAUUAAUUCUCACUCUUUUCAUCUACUAUAUUUUAUAAACCUUUCAGCAGAAACCGCAAUAUCAAAGCAGUAGGUAAUUAUUGUUUGGCUGGUCUGAGAUCUAUUCAGGAGUUCACGCAGCUUUAAAUUGUAGUCGUAUGUUCAUAAUUAUGAAGUCCUGUGUGGAAAAUAAAAUAAUCUACUGCAGGGGUCCUUCCUGCGAGUUAUUAGUGAAGGCAUGCACUCACUGUGAAACUGAAUUUCUAGUUAUAGAUCUUUUUGUCAUGAACUUUUGUAUCCAAACUGAAUAAUUAGUUAGUUCAUCUUCUCAUAUACAUUCAUUUCCUUUUGUUUGGGGUCAUGAAUGUAAUGUUCUUAGAGUGCUAUUAAAACCUGGCUUUCUACAAUUUUGGUCUUGUUUCCUGUUUGUGCCGGAAUUUUUAUUUUGUUUUUAAUGUCAUUGACAUAUAUGUACCAGUGUAUGUUCAGGGCACAGAGUGCAACCAAAGGACGUUUAGUUGGUUAGACUAUUUUUAGCAUGUCCUGAACUGCAUGUUGCUCAUUUCUGCUGAUAUGUUAAAAUAUAACGUGCAUUUGGCCACUUCUCUCCAUGUGGUUGUCGGGAUAUGACCCCAUGCAAAUGGCUUCACCACAGGUAAUCUACUUAAAAGCACUCUCACUUACGUUAUGGCAUUUUCCUCCAACACUCCCGGCCCACAGCUAGCCAUUACCAGAUGGUUUCAAAACCUGUUCGGUUCUCUCUAAAAAUCUCAAACUAAUGCACUUGGUGUCGUGAAAAUUCUACUCAUUAUUGAUCCAGAGUGGAUUCCAAUGUAUCGUUAGCAGAGUAGCAAAUUAAACACGUUGCAGGAUUCCCCCCCAAAUAGACCAGAGGCCAUUGUAUUUCAUCCAGCAGAGCUUUACUGCUACUGAAGGCAAAUGAGCAUAAAGGUCACAAAUCCAAUACAUUCAGGAUUGGCCCUGACCAUAAGAUAUCCAGUUGCAGCAGACAUAACCUUACAAUAACUUAUAAUAAGUUCAAACGCUAAGCAUACUAUGUACAGAACACCACAAAAAGAGAUAGAAAGAGAAUGGCUCCUUCUGGCCUUAUUAUUAUAGUCAGCAUGACCUUGACUGAACAAGAUAACCGUACCAGUUCAAACCAGCUGUACUCGGCUUAUCUGAAGGAAUAACCCAAACAUCAUGGACCUUCUGCUUGUUUCUUUCACACAGAUAAGCUUCCAGAACCCUCUUGAACUAAGUAGAAUAGGAAAGAUCUCUGCACACCAGAUCAAUACGUUCUGUACUAAGAAAUGCAAACUGACCUUGGACUAUUUUAAUGACACAGAGUACUUUUUGGUGACAUGAAAGUCUCGGGAGUUCUGACAGUAUCCCUCAACACUAUACAAUGCUUGCAGGAUUCAGUGGUUACAACCCUGGAACCUGCAAUGGAGUACAGAUCGGAGAUGAUGUAUCAUUUGGCAAAAUGAGUGACCAAAUUAAAGUUAGGGGAUUUUUUUUUUGUCAUUCCAGAAAGGAAAAUGUGGAAUGUUGUUUCUCUUUCUCCUGUACUUCCUUGCUUAGACUUGGUCUACACAUCUACCAGAGUGAGGUGUAUCAGUACUUUGAACGGUCUGUAAAUGAUUCCAUACUGGAAAAAGUCUGUAGUGUUUUCUGGAUAUGUUUUAAGAGCAUGGAAUUAGCAGUAAAUUAGUCUCCUACGAAUUUCAUGGAUUUGAUUUUUUGUUGUUGCUGUUUUGCAUAAAUACUUUAGCUUAAUUUUUUUUUUAAAAAACCCACAAAUUUAUAUUCAGUAGCUUGAGUGUUUAUUUUCACCUUUUUUCCUCAGUUCCAGGAAUAUGUUUUCAUCCAUAUUUGAAGUGUUAUGGUCAUAUGUUGAAAUUAUAUCAAUUUGUUUGAUUGUGACAUGUAAGUAAAGGUAUAAUCAUAGUUAAUUUAAAAUGAUCUUGGGUUGUGCAAAGUGGUUAGCGUUAGAAGGCGAUUCAGGCUGGCAUGUAAAGGAGAUUCAGACUGGCAGCCAACUUGCUUUUCCGGUGUACGACCUCUUCUUAUUAAGAGCAGCAAUAAAGGGCCCAUACUAAUAGCCUGAUUAUUAUUAAUAUAUGCUGUCUGCUACUGACCCACUUUGUUUAGAAUGUGCAUUGGAUAUGAAGCGCCAAACACUGAAGAGUUGUAGAUUUAAAAAAUUCAGUUUGAAAGAUGCCCUACCAUUGUACAUUUUAAUAAGAGUUAACAGAAAAAGGUCUCUGCAUGUUGCCAGGAGCAAUAUAGUAAAAGUCCUAAGUGCUAGGCCUCUUAUUGUUAUGCAGAGGAAUUGUUAAUCUGGUCACUGAAAAUUAAUUUUCCUAGGAUGGACAGGAAAGCAGAUGGGCUUGUUUAAAGCCUGCAUACCGAUUGAGUCAAUUUUUGGAAGGGAGAAAAAUGUAAAUGAUACUGUAGGACUUUGAAAAAAGGAUUUUUGAAUUUGUUUUUUGAUGUGAGAUACUAUGCAACAGCAUAGGGUUAGUAGUAUGUGUGUCACUCCCCCUGCCCCUUUACAACUAUAUUGUUUUACUGAUGUGGUGAGAUGGCUGGAGUACAGUCAGUAUUUCUUGUGUUUAUGCAUAUUUUUUUUUAAAUGUAGCCUGUGGCUGUUGUUCAGUACUCUUAAAACAGAAAGUUGAGCUAGUUGAUUCUUCUCUGAAAUGCAACCACUCCUUUAAUUAUGAAACGCCAUGUCUUCGGUAGCAUUUCUCCUUCAGCUUUUUCAGCAGCAAAAACUGCUGAUCCUUUGCUUUUAGUUUUAUAGCCAAGAGAGAAACUGCAACAACACGCAACCCAAACUGUCCUAUGCUCUGCCCAGCAACAGUUGCUAUUAAUACACUCCAUAGCAUUAAACUGUUAUUUACAGAUGCUGUUAAAAAUGAACCCAGCCAUAUAGUUAACAACAUUCCCUUGCUUACCUUCUCUUUUUUACGGAUUUCCCCCCAGGGUCUUAUUAUGAGCCUUUUAAGAAAGAUAAAAGCAACUCCGGGCUAAAUAGUGGCACGAGGAGCUUGUAUUAAAUGUUUCUAUGAAAUGGUAACAAACAAACAAACAAACAACAUAUCUCAACCAUUUCAAGGUAGGGACAAAAUUAAUGGGAAGGUAUCUUAAAAAGCAGAGACAUCACCUUACCAACAAAGGUCCGUAUAGUAAAAGCUAUGGUUUUCCCAGUAGUGAUGUAUGGAAGUGAGAGCUCGACCAUAAAGAAGGCUGAUCGCCGAAGAAUUGAUGCUUUUGAAUUAUGGUGCUGGAGGAGACUCUUGAGAGUCCCAUGGACUGCAAGAAGAUCAAACCUCUCCAUUCUGAAGGAAAUCAGCCCUGAGUGCUCACUGGAAGGACAGAUUGUGAAGCUGAGGCUCCAAUACUUUGGCCACCUCAUGAGAAGAGAAGACACCCUGGAAAAGACCCUGAUGUUGGGAAAGAUGGAGGGCACAAGGAGAAGGGGACGACAGAGGAUGAGAUGGUUGGACUACCAGCAUGAGUUUGACCAAACUGCGGGAGGCAGUGGAAGACAGGAGUGCCUGGCGUGCUCCGGUCCAUGGGGUCACGAAGAGUCGGACACGACUAAACGACUAAACAACAACAACCAGUCUUGAAAGUGUUCACUAUAUGCCUUUAAAAUGCUUUAUCCUUCUCUCUCUCUUUGUAAGAACAGUUAAAACAUCGGAGGACCUGGCUUGGCAAGCCUGGCAAUAUCACACUCAGGGUCUGUCUGAAGAUGUCACGGCAUGGCAUGGCUGUUUCCAAGUCAGACAAUUUCUCAUUUCCCUUCAUUUUUAUACCCCUUUGACCUUUAUGAAAGAAUUUUGUUGCAUCUCCUAGCUAUGUCUGUGUUUAUAGACUGUGAUCUUUGGGCUGUACUGACUUAAAUGGUACUUCCCAAAUAUGCUGUAUAGACAACUGUCUUUUUAGCUUGCUAUUCUUCAGUGUUUUUACUCUACAGAACAAACAUUAGAACAAAGGGUACCAUUCUACUCAUAGUUCUUCUGAUUCUAUCCGGGAGCAUGCCCUUAGCAAAGUCAUUCUAUUUUGCUGUCAUGGCAAGCAUUUGGUACAGGACUAUUAAUAUUUAAGCAUCAACAAUCAAUCAUAAAUGAGAAAUAGUCACCAUCUGAUGGACACCAGGCUUUCCGUAGUGUCAGUUUCAGAGACUGUAUUUAGGUAAUCAAUAUAUCCUGAAAAGUAUAAAGGAGGCUCGGAUUAAAAUCCUUAAAAAUCCUUGAAAGCGAGGCCAUUGCAAAACACACAAAAAUGACUGGAAUGUUAAAUGGCCAAUGUGUUAACUGGUUAACGUGUUUGUUGUAGAGAAGAUGUACCACAGAGCAAGACCACAAAUUAAAUAUUUUUUUUUUUUUUUAAAUCAUAAUUGUAAGAUGAAAAAUUGAACCCUGAAUUGAGCUAGUCUGCUCCACAGGCCAUAACGGGGAAAAACCUUAUUUGUUCUGAAGUAGAAUCCCAUUGCUUGUUGGGGAGCAAUGCUUUGUGGUAGCCCAGUCAACAUUUUGUUGACCACUGUGAGAAGAAUGUUAGACUUGAGUUAGAUGCUGUAGCAAUUGUCUUAUAAUGUGUCUACAGUGGUACCUUGGGUUACAUACGCUUCAGGUUACAUAAGCUUCAGGUUACAGACUCUGCUAACCGAGAAAUAGUACCUCGGGUUAAGAACUUUGCUUCAGGAUGAGAACAGAAAUUGUACUCCUGCGGUGCGGCGGCAGCGGGAGGCCCCAUUAGCUAAAGUGGUGCUUCAGGUUAAGAACAGUUUCAGGUUAAGAAUGGACCUCCGGAACGAAUUAAGUACUUAACCCGAGGUACCACUGUAUUGAUUACAGUGGAGCCUAUUUUAAGAAAAAUAUACUUAAAACAUUGGUGUGCAUUAAUGAUUUAGCAUCACAUCACUAGUUAUGGCAGGUUCUUCAUCGUGGCUCAGUCUUCCAUUGUCUUAAAAUUUGAAAUGUAACAUUUCCCAGUAGACCUUAGGCCUUCCGGGAUAAUCAUGUCCCUGCUUUUGUAUUUUCAUAUGGCUAUCAUAUCACCUACUGUCAUUAUGAAUUAGGGCUCAUAUCCCCUGAUAAACAAACCGUAGUUCUGAAAUGCACACAAAAAUGGCUCAAAGUUCUGUAAAUAAGAUGGGAAGAUGCCUGUCUUUAAAGUAUAUAGUCUUCAGCCUCUGUUCAUAAGGUUGUUCCAGGAACAUCAACAUUGUUUAUAGUAAUGUUACUGCUUAUAGUAAUAAAUGUGUUCACAGGACCAGUAUUUUAAAUGAAAAUACAAGCUUUGGGACACUGAUACACAAAAUAUAGGAAGACUUGGAUUAUAUUCCAAACAAAAAGUGGUAGAGUUCAACCUCAUUGAUAUGAAUGACCCAGGGGUAUUCAUAAUAUUGACAACAGAUGUUUAAACAAAGAUGAGAGCUGUUGAGAUAGAUGUACUUUCUUAUGGAACUGAAUGGUUAGACAUGUUGGAGGACAUAUCAUGGAUUAGAUUAAAUGGGAGAUUGGAGUUAACACGUUUCUUACAGAAUUGCUGCCGAUUUUUCUUUAUACAGCCUUGCAGAAGAAAACGUGAUGAGUCCAAAUGUCCAGUAAGGUAUCAAUGAGAAUCCAAAUCAAAGCAACCUUAGCUGCUUGGUGUUGAGCCUUGGAAUUAACACUGAUUGGUUCAAAAGUUUUUGCUCACCUGGUAGACCUACACCUGAUAAAGGUCAUUGUUCAAGGGCGGUCCUAAUAUAUUAUGAUGUACAUCACUUCAUCCUUUUUUAACCGCUCUUGUAGCAGCACUGAGAAGGUAGAGACUGGCUGUAGGAUCUGCAGCCUCUUCUUGCAUAGGUUGGAAGGAGGGGAAUGUGGAUUGCCAAAACCAAAUGGAUCUGACCUUCAGAACCUGAGUGUUAUGACGAAGGGCCCAGAGUCAGAUUGGGGUGUGUGUGUGUCCUGAUGGGAGACGCUGGAUCCCUUGCUAUUGCUGCAUCAUUUGGCAGUGAAUCAUCUCCACUUUCUCCGUAAUUUUAUACCCUUCUGUCAUGUUGCCUCUUCCUUGCCUUUCCUCUAAACUAAAACAGCUAUGUUGUUGAGAAAUAUUAACUUGCUUUUCUCAUUGCCUUUCCCUCUUGUGCUGUAACUGACUUCAUUACUCCGGAGUUUAGGCAGUAAUGUAAUUUAAAAGAUGAAGUGGUAUGUUGAUUCAUUUCUGUGAUUAAAAUAUUACUGUACCAAACAAAAUGGAUUUUGACUGAGGAAGGCAGAGCUUUGCCUUUUAGCCUUUCUCUCUCAAAUCUCUAGCUAAUACAGUGUGAUUAAGGUGUGUGUUAUUGCAUUUGAUACAGUGUGCUUGGGUAGGAAAAGAAAAGUUCAUUUUUAAUACGUGGGAUAAGAUAACACUUAAGGAAAGAGUUGUUGCAAUAGAACCUCUUUCUUAAUUUAAUCAGUGAUUUUCAGUUAAUAGUAAGAAGUCCGAUUACAGAGCAAUGCUAAGCCUUAAUGAUUUUCGAAAAGCAACUCUUAACAUAUAUAUUGCAUUUAUGUUUGUGGCUAAGGUUUUUCCUAGUGAGCUUUUAAAUCAUAGUGGCAUAUCUGCACACACAGACACUUUUAUACACACACACACACACACACACACACACACACACAGCAGUAAAUGAAUUCUCUAUUCUGAUUGGCAUGUCGUUGGUAACCUAAUUCGUUCAAUGUGUUGUUUGAGAAUGUAAAAAAGCAGAAAUACUGUGCCUGAUAAGAGAUCAGUACAGAAGGAAAGUAACUCUUGAAUGAUCACAGUUUGCUCUUGGCAAAAUUUCUUCAGCAGGUAAAAAGGUCAAGGAAGUCCACAAAAUGUUUGCAUUUCUAUCCAUGCUAAUGCAAGUAAGUAUCAACUUGUACUGUAAUGUAGUGGAUUUGGAAAAAUAAAAUAAAGCUGCUGUAUAAAAACCAAAACUAUCAAAGUUGUUUAAUUAUGCCCAGACUAAAUCUUAAUAUAGAGUUCCAUAACAGAUAAAGACAGCUUCUGUUUUUUUGUCCUAUUAAUUGGAUGAAAUUGCAGUGGACUCUGUUCCCAUUGAAAUAAAUGGGGCAAAUACCAUUUAAUUUCAGUAGUAACUAAGUGCAGCUAAGUAGUGUGAUCAAGGAACAGAUCCUGGCCUAUGAAAUAUUUAUUAUUAUUAUUAUUAUUAUUAUUAUUAUUAUUAUUAGGGUUCCCUGAGCACCAUCGAGGGAGGGAGAGGAUUUCCAUCCUCUCAUCCAUGUGGAAAACACUAUGCUAUUAAGGUUUUCUCCAACCUUCCCACUCCUUGCACCUGAAAACAGGUCAGUUAGGCAGCCAGCUGCUUCACGCCAUACCUCCACUUGUUCCUCAAAGUGCUGACAGUGAUGAUACUUCAAGCCAUCUAGUCAGAUUUGUGAUUUCGUGGACAGGGCUAGAAGUGCAGUCAGGUAUCUUGAUAUAAGGUACUGCAUAAUCUCUGCAAUCUAAAAUAAAGCUUCAAAGCUGUAUUUUAGCUGAACUCACGUUUAUUUUCAUGGGAUUAAAUAGUAUAUUGGGCAGGUAACACUGUGAAAUCCCAAUAUUAUUAAAUAAUAAAUUUUGUUUUUACUCUAUAUAGUAUUAGACUCUUAAAAAGUAAAGGGUAUAUACUAGGCUUCCAUUAGUUUCUACCAACAAACUAUUGAAAAUUCUGACUGCUUCUUUUGCAGCAAGAACUAUUUUGCAGCUCAUUCACAAGCCAACCUGUCUCUCCAUCUGCCUUCUUUAGAUGUGCUUGACAUUAAUUUGCCAUGUUAGUGCCUUUUUUUUUAAAGGUAGCUUUUAGUUUUAAAACUUGACAUCUGUCAGUAUUAUGCCAGUUUUACUUAGAACUGAGAUGACUUUUUCAUGUCAGAAUCUGCAUGUUUGAUGAGGGGUACUCGUCUGACAAACAGCUAAAAUAUUUCCCAAGAAAAGAAAAGGGAAAAAAAGUUUCCUUCAGUUUUUAUCCAGAUCCUGAGCACAGCUCAGAUGAAGCUGUGCAAAAGGCCCUAAAGGCUGGUUUAUUUUUGAAAGACUUCAGGGAGCCCUGCAAGCUUGGAGAUGCUCAUUCCUUCCUCAGUCCUGCUGCUGCUUGUUGUUGUUGUUUAGUCGGUUAGUCAUGUCCGACUCUUCGUGACCCCAUGAACCAGAGCACGCCAGGCACUCCUGUCUUCCACUGCCUCCUGCAGUUUGGUCAAACUCAUGCUGGUAGCUUCGAGAACACUAUCCAACCAUCUCAUCCUCUGUCGUCCCCUUCUCCUUGUGCCCUCCAUCUUUCCUAACAUCAGGGUCUUUUCCAAGGAGUCUUCUCUUCUCAUGAGGUGGCCAAAAUAUUGGAGUCUCAGCUUCAUGAUCUGUCCUUCCAGUGAGCACUCAGGGCUGAUUUCCUUCAGAAUGGAUACGUUUGAUCUUCUUGCAGUCCAUGGGACUCUCAGGAGUCUCCUCCAGCACCAUGAUUCAGAAGCAUCAGUUCUUUGGCGAUAAGCCUUCUUUAUGGUCCAGCUCUCACUUCCAUACAUCACUACUGGGAAAACCAUAGCUUUUACUAUACGGACCUUUGUUGGCAAGGUGAUGUCUCUGCUUUUUAAGAUGCUGUCUAGGUUUGUCAUUGCUUUUCUCCCAAGAAGCAGGUGUCUUUUAAUUUCGUGGCUGCUGUCACCAUCUGCAGUGAUCAUGGAGCCCAAGAAAGUAAAAUCUCUCACUGCCUCCAUUUCUUCCCCUUCUAUUUGCCAGGAGGUGAUGGGACCAGUGGCCAUGAUCUUUGGUUUUUUUGAUGUUGAGCUUUAGAACAUAUUUUGCACUCUCCUCUUUCACCCUCAUUAAAAGGUUCUUUAAUUCCUCCUCACUUUCUGCCAUCAAGGUGGUGUCAUCUGCAUAUCUGAGGUUGUUGAUAUUUCUUCUGGCAAUCUUACUUGGAGCCAAAUCAUGGAUUGGCUCCGCCUUACAUUUGAACCCAGGCCUCUGGCUUGUUUCUCUCCAAACAAACCAUGAAUGGUAGUGCCAAGAAUAAAGCUUGGUUACAGCUUGUGCUUUGGUUUGAGCCUUGAACAAAACAAACCACGAACCAGAGUUUGGGCAUAACGCUAAGCCAAACCGUGGUUUGAUUCAGCAGGACCUGUGAAGAGUAAAGCAGAUGCGAUUUUUACACACUUGCUUAUCCAUGGUUUGUCUUAUUGUUACGUGCAAACUGGACCAUUGUUUUAUGCCAUGUUUUAUUUUGUAAGCUGAAAUGCUAAUUUAUUGUAUUUUCAUCUGCUAGAAAGGAUAUAUAUUUUAAUGCUGCAUUUCAGUGGGGUUUUUCAACGUGGUUUUUAAAUUAUUACCUUGCUUUUUAAUACUACUUGUUUCGUAAGCCACCCAGGGAAUGUGUGUUGAUGGACAACAUAUAAACCUUGUAGUAAUACAUAAAUAAAAGUAAACACAGCACAGCCAACAUUACAAGUCAAGGUAGGAGUCCACCCUUAAAUAUAUAUUUUUAGUGUUCACCAUGAGUCUCAUCAUUCAUUUAUUUAUUACAUCUUAACAGUAUUUAUAUGCUACCCAAUAACCAAGUUCUCUGAGUAGCUUACAACAGUAAUAACAUUAGUUAAAAAGUAAAUGAAAUAUGCAGCAUGCUGUCAAUUCCAGGUUGCCAGUCACUAGUACAAUUGCACAAAAUGUGGCAAUAUUUUAAAUACAUAAUUCUGUUUUCAUAUGUGUUCCCUAGAAAGGCAGGGGGGGGGGGAAAUAGAACCAAAUACAUACUGCUUUGUGUCAAAAUGCAGACUGGAAGUUAAGAAUGAAUGAAAUAUGCAACAUGAUAUACUAGGCUGAGUUGAAGUGUUUGAUGCUAAAGUGCUGAAAUCUCUCAAGUCAGGCAUGAAGAACCUUUUUGGCUUAUAAGGAUCUAACCUCAUGGGCUAAAAUUGACAGGUGUACAGAGCUGCUCAUUUGUCAGUCAUGUGAUGUCAUAAUGGCAUCAGGUGAUUGGGUGAUUUGAAGUCCCAAAGUCAAGAUUUCAAAGCACUGUGCACAGCUAAAUCCUGCACACCUGAUUCAGCAGGCUUUGGCUGUGCCAUAGAGUCAGAGUCUGGAUUCCCUCACCAAUGCACAAUUGGAAGUGCACUUUAAGCUCAUUGGCGGCUGCACCUCUGCAGGCCCUACACCUGAUGUCACAUAUGAUGUCACUUAUGGGUCAGGUGACCGUGGUUUAUGUAAAAGGGGCUAGAUUUGAACCGCUGGAGGUUCCUCACCCCUCUCUUAAAUAAUAUUUCCCUUGCACCAUCAGUAGAUUAUUUUUUUCAAGACCAACUUCAACAGUUUACGUUUUGAUGUGUCGUGAGCUAUGUUGUAAAGGUAAAGGGACCCCUGACCAUUAGGUCCAGUUGUGACAGACUCUGGGGUUGCGACGCUCAUCUCGCUUUAUUGGCCGAGGGAGCCGGCAUGCAGCUUCCGGGUCAUGUGGCCAGCAUGACUAAGCCGCUUCUGGCGAACCAGAGCAGCGCACGGAAAUGCUGUUUACCUUCCCGCCGGAGCGGUACCUAUUUAUCUACUUGCACUUUGACGUGCUUUUGAACUGCUAGGCUGACAGGAGCAGGGACCGAGCAACGGGAGCUCACCCUGUUUCGAACUGCUGACCUUCUGAUCGGCAAGUCCUAGGCUCUGUGGUUUAACCCACAGCGCCACCCGCGUCCCUUGAGCUAUGUUGUACUGUUGUCUUAAUGUUGUAAUUGCUUUUUUCCUUUUACUUUGGUUGUCAAUUGAUCCAGGACUUCUUUUUAGUGGAAAGCAAUGUAGAAAAUGUAAUAUACCUAAACCCUAUAAAGUAUAAGAAGUUCUGAAUGUUAAUGUGUGCCAAGGAUAUUACAUUUAAAACAAAAAUUAAAGUAAAGCAAAAUAUCCAGCCAGCGGUACACUUUCACAGCAUUGUUAUAUAAUUAUUUGUUGAAUGGUUUAAAAGAUACACGCAAAAGUAUAUUGAGGCUUUUCUUCUGUGACUUUCUGUGAACAGUUUUGGGCAACAUGGGGUCUGCGCUAACCAGUGCCAAAUCUCAACUGACAGUUGAGCAAAGCAUCCAAGUUUUGUUUGUUUGUUUGUAUAGCGUGAAGAGCAAACUUCCAGUAAUAUUUUCUAACGUUUGUGUGUGUUUGCUUUUCAGAAUUGUGUGUUAGUAGCAUUGAUUCAGUUUGCAGGUGAUAAACUAGGAGGUUGAGACACUACAGUAAGUUGUUGUUUAGAAAUGGGUUCCUCUUCUGUUGCUCUCUGUUUCAAGGCUGACAGAACAUUUUACAAAUCUUUCUCUUUCCUUUUAGCUUAUUAUGGUAUGUGAUUUUUAUAGAGAGAGGAGCAGCGGGAAUCAUGGCAGAAAGAACUCCUUUUCCAGGACUUCUAUUUUUUUAUUCACUACCCCAUUCCCAGCAUUGCUUUGUUCCCUCCACUAGAGCUAAGACUAGUCUCUCAUACAAAUUACUGGUCUUUUGUAAGUUCCCCCAGAUUGCUAGAAUAGGGGCUUUUUCUACUGAAGAGAGGAGGCGGCGUUGAGGUAGACAUGCUGGCCCCAGUGAUUUUAUGGCUGUUAAUAGCCACUUUUAAGGGUAUGCAUUGGGCAGUGUGUUUGCUUAUGAAAGUUCAGUAUUCCAGGCGCAAGUUCCCUGAAAUAGUUGGGCCGGUGGUCAAAUCCAAUCCUUGUAGUUCCUGUUUUUCUUUCCUGCCUUGAACCGAAGAUGCAUAUAAAGCACAUCUUAAACCACUUGGGGGAAAGAAGUGUCAUUUUAAUUUGUUUAAUCUUUUGGUCUGGCAUAGUGACAACUGAUUUUAUACACCCGUUAUAAUAAUAAGUCACUUUACAGAAGGUCCCAGUCUAACCUUUGUACACAUCUUAUUCAGAAACUCUUAUCUGUUAUAAAAUAAAGGUUAUGUGAGUGGGUAUUUUAGGAGUAUCCAGUGUGUGAGAAUGCCUUGGGACCUACUUAGUUGCUUGUUCUUCCCCUUGCUUCAAACAUAGCUGAAGAAACCUUUUUAUUGUUUUUAACCUUUCUGGAAAGCCAGAGUUCAUUCUGAGCUCCCCUGACUUUCUUCCUGUAACUGUUGGGGAUGGGGGCAGGUUGGGGGGCAGGCCAGCUCCUCAUACAGGCUGUGGCAAGUGAUGUAUUUAAUGUAUGUGUCAUGUUACAUCCAUGUCUGAAUAAGCAAGAAAAAUGCUAUAUCAAAGGAAAAGGAUGACCUUUUACAAUAUUUUGCUUGGCAUUCUGAAAAGCUCCAAAGAAUUUUCACCUUAAAUCAACAUACAUUUUGCAUUAUCCUUGUUUAAUGUAGAUAUACCAAGUAAGCUUAUUUUAAAGAGCACCACCCCACAGUUUAAUAAACCAUUCGUUUACGUUGGGGUUCCAAUGUUUAGUACGCAGUAGUCUGGGCACUAAAAUCAGAUUCUUUAGCCUUCAGAAAUUAUUUCCUUUUAGGUAACUUGAUCAACAAUGCCUACUGAAAGAUUAGCUGCUAAUGCAGUAGUUUUACCCGAAAAAAAGUACACUGGAGUGAGUAGAAUUUUCAGUGCAGCCUUCAAGCAAACUGAAUGGGGUUCUUGUCCCAAUUUGUACCUUAAUAUCUGUCUUAAUUGGGCUGGAGUGUACUUUGUGUGUAUGCAUGUGUUUGCAUUCAAUUUGUUUCCUGCACCUCCUUCCGUAGUCGGUUGUGCCAAGAAGAAAUUCUUCCAUACAGAUCGAUAAAGCAACACACCAGGAUCAAUACAACAGUGACAGCUUUUCUACAGGGAUAGUUGGGCCACUGUGGUAUAGAGAAUAGUGUGCUGCGCCUGGGCUGGGGAGACAUGUACUUUUGGACAGGUUAUUCCCUCGUGGCCUAACCCACCUGCUGGAGUUAGUUGCUGUGUAUCCCUAUGUACUUCUUCAGCUCUGGACGGGAUGCAAGUGUGAUAGAAAACAGUGCUAUGUAGCUGGAAGCAUGUAGCAAGAGAUCACAUGCAUGCUUUUUUUGACUCAAGUAGACCAUCAGGUUGGAUAUACAUAUGGAAAAAACAACAAUGCCUAAAACAAUGUAUUUAACGCCACCUUCAAACCACCAUAGGAUUACUAAUGCACAGAGCUGUUAUCGGUUUCAUCCACUGUGUCCUUUUUCCUUUUCCUUUUAGUUUACCACUGCUUUGAAGCAGCUUGGUUAAUCGUUAACUUUGACUAGAACGGCUGCGUGAAUGGCUGUAGCAAUCUCAGCAUGAAAAGUUCAAAACUGCUAGAUUAAUUUGAGGUAUUAACUCUGAGCUGAUGUACUUGCUUUUAACGGCUCUGUGAGUUCAGUCACAUUCACUGCCUGCACAGUCUCCCUGCAAUGGAAUUUGCCAGCGCUUGAAAGGACUACUGAGAAAGUUGAAAUGUAAUCUUGUGUUUAAAAAGAAAAGCACAGCGAUGAAAUAAUUUUCUUCCUUUGCAUCUACUUUUGUUAUGACUUGGAGAACAACUUCCAGAGGAACAAAUGAAGUUUCAGACCAAAAAACAUCAUUUCUCUCUCUCCAUAAUGUAAAUAUGUAUGUACUGUGAACAUCUGUAGGAGUUUGUUGGAGUAUUCUGCUCUUUUAUGUCCCAAACUGCUGGAGUUAAAACUUUAAGAGUCACGAUGCCUGAAGGAAGUGUUGCGGGUAACAUCACAUUAUAUGGGCUGACUCUUUUCUUCUCUUUCACAGAACGUGGAGAAAGUGUUUGUGGAAUUCAAUCAUCAAGAGCUGUUUGAGUUCUAUAACAAGGUCUGUACUGGUGCUUUUACAGACUUCCUAACAUUUUGAUAACCUUUCUUUUACCUUUAAUAAGUCUUUAUUACCAGUCCUUUGGUUCUAGCUGUUUUUGGUUUGCGCUUUCCUUGUAAACAUGUAAUAGCUUCAUCCCCCAAAGCACUGCAUCUCAGAGUUAUGUCCCCUAUAAAGCACUAACUGAAUGCAGGUUUCACAUUUGCCGCUGAAGUGCUUUUGAACAAGGUGAUGCUUGCUAUACCCUUUUAAAUCUACAAACUUAACAAAAGGACAAGAGACUUUCAGGAUAGCAUAUCCUUAUUUGUGCUUAUACACAAGGUGAACUCACCCAAUCAGACUAAACAUUUAUAUACGUUGCAGAUUUGCAGGAAUUAAUUUCGUGGGGAAACACAUUCAGGAGUUCUUGUUGCUGUUUGGAUAUAUUUAAUUUGCAGAGUUUAUUAUUUCUCUUCUACUUUCCAUGUUUCUAAACAUUUUUCUUUUUUCUUUUCUGUUAAAUAGUUGGAGACUAUACAAGCACAGCUGGAUUCUCUUACGUGAUACUGUGUGAAGACUUAAUUUCUCCCACCACAUUCCUCUCACUUCAAUAUUGAAGAUAACUUGGCUGGCAGUGUUUGCUGAAAUACUUAGUUGGCUGUUGUCAAUAAAUGGCUUAUCUCUUCUUUGGCCAGUAACUUAAAUUAAAUCAUUGACAGGAAAACUGAAGUUCUAAUUGACUUAAUCUCCUCAGAGUUUCCAGUGUUCAAGAACAUGUAUCAUUGGGGGGCAGAGUAUAGCUACCUUGUUUUGCUGUUCUUUGAAUUACUUUGAAAUGUAUUGUGUCGGUUUUGGCUUUGGUGACGUUUUUGCAGAGUAGAUGGUAACUUAAAUAUUGGUGGUCCAUAAAUGAAAUGUGUUUAUUGUUUUCCAAGACUGUAACCUAUUCAAAAAUUCUAUUUUUAGUGGGGAAACUCCUCAGACUAGGUGGGUGAAGGUCUUGCUUACCUUCUUACCUAACUAACAAUGAAUCCAAGUAUAGUCCACAUAAGGUUUUGAACCCUGCAUAUGCAGAUCCCAGUCAGGGAUAGUCUCUGCCUUCUGUUCUCCUAGUUUAUAAUCAAAAUGAAGAAAUCUAGAAAGUUUAAGGACAGAUUUAGUUUGAGGCACAAUUUGGGGCAAGCACAUGAGAUGGGCUUUUCUUGCUUUUCUCCAAGUUUCAUAGAUUUUAUACUCUGACAGAAUUUAUCUUUUUACUAUGCCUAUACACCCAGCUGUUCUUCCUUCAGAAUGGUCUUUUAUGUGAUUUCCAGGCAUUCUCCCACUUAAGGCAGUAACCAGGACCAGGCUCCUCAAUUCUAGCUGGUAUAUUUCAAUACCACUAUUCUUUAAGACUAUGCCUAUUCAAGACCCUUAAUUCUGCUAAUGGAGAUGAAAUUUUUCCUUAGCUAAUGAGUAAUAACUAUUUCCACCUGCAUGUUAUUGUUCCCAUCCUUUACCAUGAGGUCCCAGGGUGGGUUACAACUAUUUAAAAAUACAGUGUUUUUUUUAAAAAACAGUUAAAACAGAUUACAAUCAAGAGAAUAGGGUGGGUCUUAAAAUAUAUAUCUCAGGUGUCAAAGGCAACAGUAAGGAGGUGUUCUUUAAGCAUUUGGCAAGAAUUAUACAACGAAGAUGACAGAUACACACGUGUGUGUGUGUGUGUGUGUGUGUGUGUGUGUGUGUAGGGGGGAAUUCUGCAAUGUAGGGACUUCUGGAGGGAAUGCCUUCUCCUGGAGUGCCCCUUAUCUCCCAGAAAAGAAACUUCUGAAGGUGGUAGAACUACAAAGUGUUUCCUCUCUGCUGAUGUUGGCACCCUAAACCCCUACCCAACCUGGUGGCAAGUCAGCAUGUCAAAGUUCAAAGACCAGGGGUCAAUCCACACAGUCAAAGUCUAUCCUGAAGCGCAGUCCCAUAGAGCACCAGGCACAUCCAAGCCAAGGUCUAUCAAACAUGGGCAGUUGAGCAGACACAGCACCUCAGCUCUGCUUCCCUUUGGUACUUUGCAUGCUGAUUGCAGCACCUGGGCUUGAUGAGGCUUGUGACCCUCACCUGUUCCAAGCCUACUGCAGCUGAGGAAUCACACCUCUCCUCCCAAUGCUAACAAGCCUCCAGCUAGUGAGCUGGGCUGUGGGCUGUGGCCUGCCUCAGUCUCCUGGAUCGCCUCUCCUGCUGCCCCCUAUGCCUUAGAGCCUGCCAUGUUCAUGGAGAAAUGGGUCCUUCUGGCUCUGGUGAUGGGUCCUGCUGCUCUGGUUCCUGUGCACCGACCUUCAUCCCCAUGCCAUUCUCCAUCACCCUGUGAGUACUUCUUUCCCCAUUCUCUGUAUGUCCUGGUGUGUCCCAGUCCCGGCUACACCCCUUGCCGGGAUCCCCUUCCUCCUCCCUGUUGUCUUACCAGUUCAUGACAGCCUAUAGUCUUUUAGAUGCAUGGGGCUUGUUGCUGUAAUCGCUAAUGGUCUGCUGGUCUGGGAAGAAAGAAGAUGCUUGUGUGGUAUAUUACUGAGCAGGGACAGGGACCUUUUUUCCAGCCUAUGAGGUGCCUGCUCUUCUGGGCAGCCUGCCAUGGACCAUGUGCGUUUGGUGGGUAUGGCAAGACACAAAAGCAGCCAGAGUAAUAAAUGUAAAUUUCACCUUUGUGCAGCUUGGUUUCUACACACCCACCUUCUCGAGCCUCCAUGCAGGCAGGCAAGAGGCAUAAUCAAGCAUUCAAGGACACAUUCAAACCAGGCAAAAGGGACUUGGGGUGCAACUAGAACCAGUGAGCAGUGUGGCUUGGGGGCGUACCAAGGGCUUGAUAGAAAGGCAGAGAGGGCCACAUUUCCCCAGGUCUGAGUUUCCCUAUUGCAACGCAUGCAAGAAACAAGGAAGGAGCAAAGCUGGACUCAAAUCUCCAUCCCAACAUGCAGAGAUUUCUCAGGUUUGUAGAGAAUUUUAUGUGGCGAGGCGUUUACACACUCUACCCUGUGUCUGCUAUCUGACGUCAAACGGUUAAGCAAAAGUUUGUGCGCAGCAGUCCUCACUUGUUACUUACUACAUAGUGGAGGGACCAUUGUUGGAGGAACUGGACAUGGAGGAAAGGGUUAAUUUCCUUCAUGAGUUUAAUCCCUCCAUGUAUGAGAUAAGCUAACAGGUGCAAGGUCAGCCAAGCCAGUUGCUAUGACAGCAGUCCAGUGUCAUCUAUGUUAGUGAUUAAGGUAUGUCCGGUCAGUGAGUCCGCCCGUGAGUCGGGAGUCUGUGUUACAUCUUGAAUUGCUGGAGCAACAGAAAUGCUUUCUAAUUAUAUGUAUCUGUAUCUGUAUCUGCAAAGCCUACAAGGUGUGUGUGUAUCACAGAAUUGUAGAGUUGGAAGGUACUCUGAGGGUCUUGUCCAACCUUCUACAGUGCAGGAAUCCUGCCCACAGCUGUCAACAUCAGGAACUGUAUUACUGAAGCCUAACCUUGAAGUCCAAACUAUUUUGGACCUUAAACUGCCUCUGUGUAGUGACUGGAACUGGGGGGAACUUUCGCUGUGUGAGUAUCUCACCUUCAAUUCCCAACGACCAUCGCCCAAUAGUAGGGCAUAGGCUUUCUAGGGAGAAGAUUCCAGGUUCAGUCCCUGCCAUCUCCGGCGAAAGGGGUUAAGUAGUCAGGGAAAAGACUUUUCAGCCUUAAACUACAGAGAGCUUCUGUCGGUCAGAGUAUGCAGUACUGGCCUGGGUGGAUGAACAGUCGCAUCUUGGUUAAGACAGCUUCCUAGGUUCCUAUUUAUUAGUGCAUAUUAACUCCCAAUCUAUGCAAAACAAUUUCCCUUAGAGAUGGCAUGGUACAUUGCCAUCAACCUACCGUUGUCUUUUAGUAAUUGAUGUGAGGUUACUUGGCUAAUUAAACAUGAUGGUAAUAGCAUGGCUACUGUUUUAAGUAUCUAAAUAUGAUUCAGCUCUGUAGAAGAAAAGAGGAGGAUGGGACAUAAUGUUGAAGAAGCAGAACAGAUACUGUGUCCUACAGAUACAGUGGUACCUCGGGUUACAUACGCUUCAGGUUACAGACUCCGCUAACCCAGAAAUAGUACCUCGGGUUAAGAACUUUGCUUCAGGAUGAGAACAGAAAUCGUGCUCCGGCGGCAGCGGGAGGCCCCAUUAGCUAAAGUGGUGCUUCAGGUUAAGAACAGUUUCAGGUUAAGAACGGACCUCCAGAAUGAGUUAAGUUCUUAACCCGAGGUACCACUGUACAUGGGCAUUUAUGACAGAGCUGAAGCAAAAAACAAAAAAGAAUGUGCUGAACUGUAACUAUGAAUCAUUUCCAGAUUUUGCAAUGAUUUAUGUUCCAGGCUCAACUUACAUCUGCUGAAAAGCCAUCAGCAGUGUUUUUGCAUUUAGUAGGCAGCAGUAUAAAAUCUCAAUUUACUGGUGACUUUAAUUUCCUGCUAAGAGGUAUAUGGUUCAUGAUCAAAAGUAAGAUAAUAUAACCUGAAGUCACUGAGUGGAUUAUAUGAUUCUUCUCAGUGAUAAGGAUGCCAGAUAUGUGUACCAUUUUGCGUGCUUUGUGUUGUUUUUUAUGUUAAGAUCUGUGGAUGAAGGGCAGUAUACACAUUU